GGCUGGACUACAUUUCCCGGCAGGCCUCGAGCGCGACGCGCGUUGCGUCACGCCCGCCUGCGGCGUCCCUUGCUCCAGCUGCUUCCUGGGCAGUCCAAGAUGGCGGCGCGCUGGAGUAGCGAGAAUGUUGUGGUGGAGUUUCGGGACUCGCAGGUAACCGGGUCUCCUCGGCUUGCGCCGAAGCGGGAUGGCUGGCGGGGCUUUUGUUUUGAGGUCUCUUCCUUCCCAUACAAGUUUCUUCCCUGGGAGGGGAGGGCAGCAGCUGUCUCCCCCUCUGUUUCUUCCUACCUACCACCCAUGGGUGGGGUGCACCCAUGUCCCUUGACGCGUCACACGGGGUGGGGGGCGUCCUCUGGUGUAGUUGGGGCACCUCUCCUUCCUUCGUGGUUUGCUGAAGAGGGCUGGCUUCACCUUAACUGAAAACUUCCAAAUCCAGUUUUGGGCAACACCUUUCUUUGUCAGGCCAACCAAAACGCUGCCAAAAAAUCGAGUUCUGCAGAACUCUUCACCAGACUUGAUGGCAAGCCCAAGUGUAUAUGUGUGUGUGUGUAGGGAGUUUUUAAGAACAUAAUUUAUUAAGCGUGGCUGAGUUCAAGGCUGUAGUCAAGGUCUAAGAGUCCUGUGGUCACCUAAGAGGCCCAUUUAUUUACAGUAGUUAUAUACCACUUUUUAGGUAGACCUCACAAAGCUCUCAACAUAAGAUUGUUACAGGAAGCAUUUUUUGAAGGUACAAUAGAAUGGAAAGGGCAACUUGUUUAGAAAAAGAGCAAUAUGAGGGGUUUUCAAAUAGUAGUGUGACCUUAGUUUGUAUUUAGUGUUUUUUUAUGCUGUAUGUUGCUUUUCUACAAGGUCAUGAAUAAGCUUAAUAAUAACCUUUUUUUCCUGAUGAUGGAUACCAGGUCUACUAAUUUUUCUGAAAGUAUUUGCCAGCUUAAGGGGCGUUCAGGGCCCAUGUUUUUCAUAAUAACAUCAGGUCAAAGGCCAAACUAGUCUAGCAUCUUGUUCUCCUAGUGGUCAAUGUGAUGCCUCAAAGGGAAGCCUGAAAGCAGGACCUGAGUGCAACAGCAACUCUUCUCACUUGGGAUUCCCAGCAGCUGACAUUGAACAGUGGAGGUAGAAGAAGUGAAAGAACUAACUUCAGAAUUAUGCAACAAAUAAGGUGCUGUUUUUCAUGAUGGUGCUGGUAUUGAAGAAAAAGUGUUUUUAUUUUUCUUCACUCAUCUCCCUAGAAAGGCUCAAUUGUGGUUAUUAAAACAUUAUAUAUUUCAAUUUGUAGAACAGCAGCAAAAAAGAUUAUUAAGCGCUCUGACCAAAAACCUCAGCAAUUUUCAGGUAGUCCACCAAAAAAUCAUUGUAUUGCAGCAUAAGCUUUUGUGGACAUAAGCCCACUUUUCAGGAAACUUACGCCAUAGUAAAUAAUUUUGUUAGUGCUACAGGACCCACCUGUCUCCUUCUCCCCACAAGAAACACCCUGGUGUAUCAUGCAAAUGGUUCAUCUAGGCAAGCAUCCUUACGAUAGCCAACCUGCAGUCUCUGGGAUUAAUUAGGCCUGGCCCAAGUCUCAGGCUGGUCUGUGAAACCAUUCCCUGCAAAGCAUGUGCAGGCACUGGGGGAGAUAUUUCCUGCAUUGUUACCAAAUAAAAUUACUCAGGAAAGAGAAACAAGCCUCCCUUUCCCUGCCUCUGGAACAGUAGGUGCUUCCAGUGGUUCCGGCCAUUGACAGCAUGUGAUUCUUGGCUCUGUGUUUCUUUGAAAAGUGGCGGGGGAAAGGACAGGUGUUUUUCAGAGUAGGGAGCAUGUGGCUCUCUAGAUGUUGGACUUGGUUUUCUACUGGUCCUAGCCAGCAUGUCCUGUGGUCAUGGAUGAUGAUGUUAGCUCAUAGAAUCAUAGAAUUGUAAGGUUGGAAGGGACCCUGAGGAUCGUUUAGUCCAACCUCUGUUAUGCAGGAAUCUCAGCUAAAGCAUCCAUGGCAGAUGGCCAUCCAACCUCUUCUUAAAAACCUCCAGUGAAGGAGAGUCCACCACUUUCCAAGCGAGACUGUUCCACCAUCAAACAGCUCUUGCUGUCAGAGAGCUCUUCCUGAUGCUUAGUCAGAAUCUCCUUUCUUAUUGUUGGCAUCUGUCUCAAGACAAGAGACAAUGGAAGAGUGUGCCAUUGGGGGUGAAGUCAAACUGUUGCAUAGUUAUUUCCUGUGGCUGUAGAGGCCAAUACAGGAGAUACAUGCUUUAUUGCAGCUGGGGCAGAUGAAGGUAUCCAGUUUCACUGUUACAAAUGCACCAUGGUGUUUCUUCUCUCUGCUCCUCCCAGUGGUCAUUUCUCAUCUGGUCACUGCUGUGGAUAUGUGACCUGACUCCAGGCACUGUGGUGGUCUACAAGGAAUUUCCACAUAGCGGGGUUAAUGUUGUCUGCCUUCAUGUAGUGUUGUUUCUUGUUGUAGUCCAGCAACAUCUGGAGAGCCACAGGCUCCCCAUCCUUGCUGUAUGGAGUCUAUCAGAUGUUCCUGUGGUGCCACUCAUGAUGCUACUUCUUUGGGCAGAUAGUAUCACUUACUUCCAGCCCCGAGACCUCUUAAGCCAGGGACAGUAACUGUUGAAAGUUUAUUAAGUGGUGAAUAAUGUGCCCUUGUCUACUCCUCUUACUGGUGUUGUUGCCAGGGGGGAAUAGCUCCCCCAUCUCCCAACAGGAUACUGGGCUUCUGCUUAUCAGCUAGAUGGAUGUGUGUCUAUUUUGGGCGGAGGGUAAAGAAGCUUCCUUUUUCCAAUAGUGGUAGUUUUUAUUAAUUCAUUUCUGAAGCUGUUAUUACAGAGCUGCAAUAAUAGCUUUGCAGCUAAAAUGAGACCCUUUACCAGUGUGUUAUCUCUGUACCACCUGAAAAUUCCGUUUGUAAUGUGCUCAACUUGUACAGCAUCCUUGUACAGUAAGUUGCCGUCGUUUCCAUCUUGUAGAUGGUGAACUGAUUGUGGUCUGCUGUUCAGUUUCAAAAAAUCAAAAGCUUGUCAUGUGAGAACUGAAUUUACACAAAGAUACAGCGAUCUGUCAUACUGAUUGGUUUAAAAAUAGUGUUGAGGAAAUUUAACAUUUGUAGUUAAGGCUUCCUGAAUAUUGCAAUGGGGUAUGCCGUAGGCAGUUUCUAUGAAUAUAGCUUGUUCCUGCUAAUUUAUUCUAUACAGCUGUUGGGGAGUGCCACUUCUAAAGUAAUGUAAAAUAAGUGUACUUGUGUUUCUUAUAAAGAGACUGAAGGCAUGCUGCACUUAACCAGUGCCUACUUUCAAAGCUUGGUGGAAACAGAAUCUUCGUCGCCAUCUAGCAUGCAACCUUUUUGGCAGCUGUGUCAUAUCUCAUGUUCCAUUGUGACUGCUGUUGGAGUCAGUUUAUCUUUCUAUACCAUUUACUGGGACCCAAGUGGAAGCAGUGCUGUUGCUAUUGGGUUUUGCUUAUGGGCUUCCCAUAGUCUAUCUGAUUGACCACUGUGAGAACAGGAAGCUAGACUAGAUGGGCCGUUGGUCUGUUCCAACAGGGCCUUUUUUUACAUACUUUAAAAGGUUACAUUUAGUGUUGGAAGAAGCACAGACUAAACAUGUCCUUUCAUCAUUUAGCACUUCAGCACUAUUGUAUCUGACUGCAGCAGACAGUACUUGACAGGAAUUUUGGACAACUCUGUUUAACCUGUCCAGGCUUAGAUGAGACCCAUGCAGGAUGUGUGCUCUUUGCAGAAUGGUUCAGGGUAUGGGAACUUCUCCUGUCAUCUUGUUCUACUUGAAAUGAGGCUUAAGUGUGCAACUAGGAGCAUGAGAAGAGGCAAGUAUAAAUAAAUAAAAAUAAAAUAUCUCUCCUCCACAUCCUAGAAAACUCUUGAAUACGUGUGAAUGCUCCCUGUGUGGAAGCCCCUCGUUCCAGAAUAUUACUGUUUUGGGAACCAAUUCAUUAAAUUGAAUAGUGGAUAUAUCUACUGAGGAGUAUCUGUGCAGUAUGUUAUGGAAUAAGACUGGCAAACUCUCUUCCUGAAAGGCUUUUCAAGUGCAGCAUCCCCAAUACAUAAGUCACAAUACUUUUCUGCACAUAAACUGGAGGGGGAUGGAAGUAGUUAAACUUCAUGGAAAUAUGUGUGCAAAUGGUGUACUAAUAAAUUUUUUUACUAGGAUUAGGAUGAUGGUCAGUUGACUAUUAUUUGUAAAUAUUUGAUUGCAGCAAAGUAUGCAAUGAAGCCUUUUUAAUUGCAUCAUGAUGACAUCUGAUAGUAUAGACCAGCAUGUGGGAUCCUUGCUUGUUGAAUCCUAGUCUUCCAAGACUCUAGGAGUAAAUGCGUACACAUUAAUGCUAUUGAGAAACAAAUACCCUGAGGACCCUUCAAUCAAAAGGUGGGGUACAUAAACAUUCAAAAGAGAUAACAAUCUCAAUCAGGAAAGACCUUGCAGGAACCAGAGGGAUAACAGCAAUUGGAUCUCUGCUUUCCAAAAACUUAGAUCAUGGAGCCUAGUUGGGCUCUAGGAACAGAGAUAUGUGAAUCUUUUGAGUGGAAUUUGCAGCAAACCUAAAAAUUGUUACUGAGCUGCUGGAGUCCUGUAGUGGCUCCAGAUUCCUUGCAAGUUUUGCAGCUGCUUCAGUGCAAGUCUGCUAGCAGGUAUUUCUAUAAUGGGAGCAAUUACGGAUGCCCCAAGGACCCACUUGAAGGAGAUUCCGCUGUUGUUUGGCUCUGGGCAGACUUUCAGAGGUCAUGAAGAAAUCUUUCCCAGAAGGCCAAGCCCUUUAGGCAUUUUCUGAUGCUGGAAUUUCUCCUUCCAGAACUGAGCUCAUCUUUCUCUCCAUUCCUCCCAACAGCUGUUGUGUUUACCUACUGACCUAGUCUGUCACAUUGACAGUGUAGAAGCACAGCAAAGAGAGGCUGGAAAGGCAAGCGUUUCAUCUGCUUCUAAUCACUUGCUGCCUUUCAUGGUGUUUCUCUUUCAUUUCAAGGUAGUCUGAUUGCUAUCGAGCAGUGCAAUAUGCUUGCAGAUCAAGUGCUUUUAAUAAAACAAGUUUACUGAGUUUGCAUUGCAGGCUCAUUCCAUUUGUCUAUGCCUUUCUGGGAAAAGUACUACCAAAACACUGUAGUAGCUGCUCUUUACCUGCCUUGAUUCACUGCCAAUUUGCAGCAAAGCAGUUGGGGUGCAGGAUGUGAUCCUUGUUAGGUAGAUACCGAGUUAUGCCACUGAUGCAUCUAGCUUAGUAUUUUCUACAUUGACUGACAGUGGUUCUCCAAUCUGAGAUGGGUCUUUGCGUAGCACUGCCUGGAGACGCCAGGGACUGAACCUGGGACCUACUGCAUGCUUUACCACAGAGCUACUAUCCUAGGUCUUACUGGCGGACUCAGAACUUGGACUCCAGUAUUGAUUUGCUUGUUGGGAUUAAAAGCUUUAUGCUAAAUUUUACUACAGCAGCCAAAUAGAAGUCGGGUUACUGGUUUGAAGACAAGGUAGCACAGCAGAGCUCUAGCUUUAAGCUAAAGUGUUGACCAAAUGAGUGACAUCCCCCAACUCCCUUUUUGAAGAGCAGGGCAGGUAUUUUGGAUUAGCUGUAGUUGCUGAACAGUCUUCAAGGGGAGCACAUUGCAGCAAUCCUGCCUUGGAUAACUGGCAAGGCUAUCUCUUUCCUUGGGGAGGGGGUGGACACGGUGUAUUAUGCUCAGUUUUAGAAGGUCAUUCCUGCCACUCAGGCUGUUUGAGUUUCAAGGGAUAAAGGCAAAUCAAAUAGCAUUCCCAGGCUGCAUACCAAAGCCUUUAGCAAUUUUAGGUUUUAUGAUAUGUCUUGUCUACUUCAGGUUCUUAUCACAGGUUUUUCCAUUGUGCUUGUGUGUAUUUUGGUUUGCAAAUAUGCUUGUUUUUUAGUGCUCCUGAAAAAGGUUGUUUUCAACCAAAACGUCAUAAUCCUUUUUAGUUUUUCAUGAUAACUAUUUUUUUAAUAGUAACAACUAGUACUAUUUUACUGCCCUUCCCUUUUCUUUGCUUCCAUUACUUAUGUGGAACUUGCAAAACGGGGACAAAAAAAACCCCUUGGCAUGAAGAAGGGCUGCAGCCCUUUAAAUUGGGUAUGCUUGGAUUUAAGCAUACUGAGUAUAUAUAUUUAAAUCUCAGUAUCUUUGGAGCAGGUGAUUUGUGCAUUUGCAGGCAAGAGCUCACUUGACUCCCCCUCUGCUCUAAAUUGAAUUCCUUUCCUCAGAGUGCAACCCUACUCGUGCCCACGUGAAUGUAAAUCCUGUUGUUGUCAUAGAAUCAUAGAGUUGGAAGAGACCACAAGGGCCAUCGAGUCCAACCCCCUGCCAAGCAGGAAACACCAUCAGAGCACUCCUGACAUAUGGUUGUCAAGCCUCUGCUUAAAGACCUCCAAAGAAGGAGACUCCACCACACUCCUUGGCAGCAAAUUCCACUGUCGAACAGCUCUUACUGUCAGGACGUUCUUCCUAAUGUUUAGGUGGAAUCUUCUUUCUUGUAGUUUGGAUCCAUUGCUUUGUCAGUGGCACUUACUCUCUAGUAAGUGUGUGUAGCUCUCCUUCCUAAUUGUGUGUUUAAUCAGGUUUAUUUCAUCCCUAUCAGGUUGACUCUAGUGGUCUCUUUUCCCCACCACCAAAUUUUCCAACCUAACAUUCUCUUCUUUUUCCUAAGCAAUGAAUGUAUCGACAAGCUAAGCUAAUGUGAGGGACUUUAUUUCUCUCUCUCUCGUAUUUUGCAGGCAACUGCAAUGUCCGUGGACUGUCUUGGGCAGCAUGCAGUGCUUUCUGGGUGAGUGCCAACACCUUUGGGAUAGAAUUGCAGUUAGCCCUGGCAGCUGCUUGAAGGUGGAUGUGGAGGGAAGAUGGACACAUCUUCUUGGGUUGAUGUUCUUCCUCUUCCUAGUGCUUCACAUUCUCAGUGGGGCAGAAGAGAAGAGAUUGAUAGCAUAAGUUCAAGCGCCAAAAGCAUAAAAGACCCCUCCUGGAUCUGACUCUAGGAUCUGUUCAGUCUAAUGCCCUGUUUUCAUGACUGGCCAUUCAAAAGCCUCUUCUGGGAAACAGAGCAUGAAGGCAACCCCCACCCCACCCCACUGAUUGCUGUCAGGAUGUCCUGUUUAGAAGCACAUUGUCUGCCAAGGUGGAAGCUCCAUUUAGUUGUUGUGGGCUAAUAGCCUUUGAUAAAACCUAACCUCCUUGAAUUUGUACAUACCAGCCUUUCCCAGUCUAGCCCCUUCCAAAGGAUUUGGGCUACAGUUCCCAUCAGCCCCAGUAUCAAUACUCCCAUGAUAGCUUGGGACUAUGGGAGCUGUAGUCUGAAACUUCGAGGUGGGGGAGGCGGUUGUGAACUUUUAAAAAAGCUGUCUGUUACUAACGUUUUCUACACCUUGUAGCAUUGAAUUCCAUAUGUCAAUUAUAUGUUGUAUGAAGAAAGACUUUGUUCAUGCUGAGUCUAUGCCAUAUUUUCCCUCCCAGCAGAUUUUUUUAAUGAGAUGCAAUUUAUUUUGGCAAAGUCUUAAAAAAGAUAAUUGAGGCACAGGUCGCUGCUCAGAUCCAAAAUCAUGAGGCCUUGACUUCGGAGUCUUACACUUUGCCUCUCCCCACACUGCUUCUUUUCCAUGUUGCUGAUGUUUGAAGCCUUGUUCAGUCUUAUCCCUAAUCCCAUCUUGCAUGUAUUCAGCUCUGUUCAGUGACCUUCAACUUCUGCUAAUUUGAUUAUCUGAUGUCCUCCUGCUUGUGUGUUUUCCAAAGUCUAACCUUCAUUCUUCUUUUCAUCCUUGUAUGCUGUUUCUUUCCCUAAUGCCCUAUGCAGACAUUAGUUCUCUAUAUGUAGAUGUGGAUUGAUUGCACUUGCACCAACCCUGCCCCUCCUGCCCCCUCCAUGCCAGGUCAGGACAUCAAAAAAAUUGAAAUUAGCAUGGGGGCAAACAAAAGGAUGCCUUCACUCUAGUAUGGCUGCCCUUUAUUUCAUACACAGCUCAACAAGAUACCAACAUAAACCCUCCAACAGCAUAGAACCCACCCUUCACUGCAAUCAACUGAAUACAACUAGUCAUGCCCUGGGCUCCCCAAUCUCUCCCACUACCAACGGAAAUUAAUAAACGAAUAGAUGCAGAACCUAUCCACAUGACAGUGACACAAAAACCAUGCACAUACACUAUGCAAAAGAAGAAAAAAGCAUUACCCCCUUCUUUCUCCCACCUCUCUCUCCCCACCUCUUUCUCCCCCCCAAUCCUCACAAUGCCUAUGAUAGCAUUAUCUCACACCAAAUGUAGAUAGGACUGCAUGAACUGAAAACGUAGUCACUAUAUGUACGUUUGCUAUCCAUGAAAAACUUUCAAUAAAAACAGUAAGGAAAAAAGGAAAAAAGGAUUGAGAGUGUACUGGCAGAGUAUCUGAACAAAGUUGGUGCAGCUUUGCACCCAGCCGUUCCCCAGGUUGUUUCUAAGUCUCUGGACAUUUACUCUGCAUGGGGGUUCAUGCCUGUUCCUUCUUGCCUUCCCAGAGUGAUAUUUCGUAACUCUCAUUUUAUAUUUUGAUGUGACAACAUUAUCCUUGUGGUAAAUAUUAUAUUCAAAUGUGCCUGCCCCUGAUAGACUGCAGUGCUUAUCAUCUGGAGACAAGCUUAUUUUCAGUGAAUAUACCAUAGGUGGUGAAUGCCAGCUUUUGCCAUGUGAGAGCACGUUCAAAUUAAUUUUUUAUUAGGUAAAGGCUGGCAUCAUAGAAUCACCUUGUGGUCAAAAAUCUGAGAUUGAUUUCAGCUUCUCAAGCCAGGCAAGCAUCUAAAUUGUGACCUAGUUCUUGCAAGCCACAGACGAGGCAGUAAAUCUGUUUCAGGAUGACUGGUAUGAGUUCAUCUAACUGGAAGGCUGCUUCUUCCAUGCAGGGUUUUUUGUUUUUUGUUUUUCCAAAAGCCCCAUGCAUAGAAUUAGUUGGGAUCAUUUGCCUUGACUUACUCGUUUGCAUGGAAAGAGCAUUCAGUCAUGUCAGCUCCACCUGUAGUCUGAAGUGAUACACACCAGACACAUGUUUACACUCCCUUCCGUUCUUUGCAGAAACUAGGCCGACAUCCUGACUGAGAAAGGAAUGUUGGACAUAGUUGUCUCCAUAUCAUAUUCUGUGAUAUUUUUAAGCCUAUUGGGAGGCAUUCCAUGGUGGUGGAUCUAGCUGCCCUCCCUGUCAGUCUCUCUGGCGCAAUGUCACACACCGUGUAGGACUUUGUGUCUUUAAGCCGUCUGACCGUGUAGCCUUACAUUGCUGUCAGCCAGCGCCUCCGUCAGUCCCUUGGAGGAACCAGGCCAGCCACAAGCCUGGCGUCCAACUAAGGCAGUUUGCAUUAGCCUGGCCUGGAAUAUGUCAUAUAGGAUUUUGCUGUUGUGAAGUUCUGCAGUAGCAAAGUUAAUGUCCUCUUGUUCAUGGCUGUCUUUAAUUUGCAUCUCUUUCACUUUAACGUUUCACGAUUUAUGUCGCAGAGCCAGUGUAGGGUUGUGGUUCGAGUGCUGAGCAAGGAGGCCCAUAUUCAAGUCUUUGGUCAUGGCUGUGAAGCUUAACAAGAGAUGCUGCAUGGUUCUCGCUCAACCUCAUGGACCUUACAGAGGUUCCCAAUACUCUGGUGUGACUGAAUAGCAGAAUCCCAUCAAGCUUAGCUUGUUUACCAGGGGCUGGGGUUAUUGGAAAGAAAGUUUAUCUCCAGCCUCAGAACCAUCCUUGAAUUAAGUGGCUGCCACCCAUUGCUUUCAGGGAAAGUCUGAGCUGUUCAUGGGAGCAAAAUCUGCACUCCACUCAUGAUGGAGUGUAGCUUACCCAUUUUGACCAGCAUCGAUAAAGAUUCCGCCCCCCCCCCCAAGCAGUUUCAGAAACAAGAUGGAGUUUGUAGGUGGUCGACUGUGCUCUAUUCUUCUGGUGCUUUGGAAAUCGUAGGUGCAGCAACUCACAGGCUGGUUCCAGUGUGAUGCUGCUGAUGUCUUCUUUGUGUGUUUCUGUCUCUUGCAGACGCCGCUUCCUCUACAUUGUUAACUUAGAUGCACCUUCUGAUGGCCACCGCAAGAUUUCGCGCCAGAGCAAGUGGGACAUAGGAGCUGUGCAGUGGAACCCGCAUGACAGUCACUCACACUACUUUGCUGCGUCGGUAUGCUCCAUGCUGGCCCUGAUCCUGUGAUUACAUUUCCUCCCAAUUGGAUCCCAGGAGUGCAACAAAUCUGUCCAACUAGCUUGUGGGAAUGGGGCUAUGCUGGUGUUCAGAGUCCCACCUUUCUGCACGUGGUACCCUAAACAGAAAUAACAAUAGCAACAAUCAUGUUUAUUCCACACACCCCUUUACUCUGCAAUCAACCUGCAAUAAUCAGCCCCUUUCAGUUCUUGGGACAGGUUGCUUGAAUUCCACAGAACUUCUUGGAAGCUUGCCCACAUCUGGCCCUUUCCAGUGUUACACAUAAAAACACAUAUUCAGCUCUCUUCUAGCCACCUCCCUCCAAGCAUUUUAAACAUUUGGUGAGGGAAAUGUAACGUUGGACAUGAUCCCAAGUCAUGUGUGUGUAUGUGGCCAGGACAUCUUCAUUCAUGGACAGGGAUAGGAGGCAGCACAGUUAAUGACUCUAUAUUGCCCUUUUUACCCUGUCAAUCAGGAUGCUUCAAGGGUUUGCAGUGGAGUAGUUGCAUUGGGUGUUCUUACAAAUGCUAACUUUUCUUGGUUGUGUGAAAAGUUAAACAUGUUUUCUGGUGGGAAAGGGUGCUCCUCUUUCCCAAAAUGGUCAUCCAGAAGAUUUGCAGUCAUCAGAACAUAAGAAAAGAAUAAGCCUCAGAAGGGAAACAAACCAUAAGUCCAGUUUUGAGCAGGAAAUGAGUGGAGCAGAAGCUUUUCAGCAGUUCACAUGCUGCUUGUUCAUAUUAAACCAUAGGUUUUUUUAAAACGAUGGUUUCAUGUGAUGUGUGAACCAAAGCACAACUUGUUUUUGUUAAACUUUAUUUGAUGAUCAAGGCAACUAACAAACUUCAGAAUCAGUAAAGCAUUCUGAGGAUCAAAACGAACCAGCAAGCCAUUAAAAACAGGUGAGGUGGUGUAAAUAAAGGAGAACUUAAAGCAGCCAAAUCAAUUCUCGUAAGUUGUCUUGCAUCAUUUAGGAAAAAUUAAAUGGGUGGUGCAUUGAUGCAUCUCUGUGGGGAUUUCAUUUCAGACUCUUGGGGGUGUGGUGUGGCUGGGAGGGAGGAAGAGCUGUUGUAGCAAAGAUGCUGGCAAGCUAGUUUCUCCUGUUGACGUGCUUCAGAGCAGGGCCUUUCCUGCUGCUUUUAAAGGGUGGUGUAGUGUUCCAAUGCUAGGGAGCACUUCUGUAGUUACAUAGCACUCUGCUGCCCGUGUUGUGGCUUCUCAUGUCUUCUGUUUAAUUUCAGAGCAACCAACGAGUUGACCUGUAUAAAUGGAAAGAUGGUAAUGGGGAAGUUGGCACUUCCUUGCAAGGGCACACACGUGUGAUCAGGUACGGCCCUGGGGAGCCCUAGCGCACUCCAUUGUCAUGCGGGCCAGUGAGCCUUGCACACUGGCUCAUGGUGUUGGGAAUUUCAGUCCUGAUGUGAUGAGCUUGAUGCUUGGACCCCCCCCUCCUUUCCCUCCUCUGAAGCCCCCCUUUUGGCCCUCCCUGCUUGGAGUGCAUGAAGUGCAUCAGUCACUGCUGCAGUAACUUUGGUCUCAUAGAAUCAUAGAGUUGGAAAAGACCCUGAUGAUUAUCUAGUCCAACCCCCUGCAGUGCUGCAGUAUGGAGCUGUCCCUUAUUGGGAUCAAACUUGCAACCUUGGCGUUAUCAGCACCACAAUCUAACCAACUGUCUGCGGACAUGCCCAGAUAUUCCAGCUUAGCAAAUCCUGAGUUUGUCUGGACAUAUUUUCAAUAUUCAUGCAGUGAAUUAGAGGGAGAACAAGAUUAAGCACCCCCCUCUCAUCCUGAUUAAAUGAUGGUCUCAGCAGCAACAGGGUGUUUUUCUCUGGUGAGCUGGAACUCCCCUAGUCCCCAGAGCUGUGCUUUUCAAACUUUCUACCUCUUUGCAUGCCAGUUUGUUUUCUGUGAAACUGCUUUGCAUUACGGAGGAUUCAGAAGAAUAUUCCAGGACACAAAUUCUGUUGGGAGCUGGGGUAGCGUAAGGGCUAAGGGACUGGGCUACAGGUCAUGAAGUCUCCAUUUUGAAUCUCACCUCUGACAUGAGCUCGAUAGCUGACCUUAGGCAAACAGCACUCUUGGUCACGGCCUCCCUAUUUGAAAUAUGGCUAAUAAUAAUACCGAUGUACCUUGCAGGGUGUUAAUGUAUAGGAAGCAUCAUACAGAUGUUAAGCAAUAUUGCUCUUUCUGUGGCUGUGUUAUAGGGAGAUCUCAGUAGUAGUGGGCUAGCUGUUUUUCAAGAACACUGUUUGCCAUCAUGGAUCUUGUUUUUGUGGAACCUUCUGCUCCAGGGCUGUGGUGGGGAACAUUUUAAUCUCAUGGGCAAUCUUGUGGGAUGAGGUGGACACAAUCCAGUGGUGGAUGGAACCAGGGGUAAAAGUGGGUGGAUCAGCAGAUGUGACUCCUGCCUUUUGUACAAUGUGCUACAUUCCAGCCACACAAGUGAGUUUUACACCCCCCACACCCCCACACACCCCUUUCCAUCCUCCAAGAGGUAUUAUAUUUCAAGAACAUAUUUUAUCCAAACCAAAGCACUCUGGGGAGGGUCCUGGGAGCUCCCUUUGGCCCAUGGGUUGGAGGUUCCGUACCUCUGCCCUAGAGAAACAGUGGCCAGGAAAAUUAGCAAAGGGCAUGUAGCUAAAGCUCCCUGGAUGACGCCUUCUGUCUUUGGAAAAGCUGGUCUUUGGAGCUGUGAAACUGGGCCAAUGGGGCAUUGUGUUAAGAAGGCAAUGAACAAGAGAAUUACUAAUGACCAUGCAGAGUCUGGUGUUUGCAGCUGUCCAAGAUAGAUCCCUCUUGCUGAUGCUCCCCCCCUUCCCUUGUUUGCAACUUUUCUAGUGAUUUGGACUGGGCAGUUUUUGAGCCGGACCUGCUGGUUACCAGUUCGGUUGACACGUACAUCUACAUCUGGGAUAUCAAGUAAGUGCAGAGGUACAUUGGGAAAGAUAUUGCUGGUCUUUAUGGGAGCAAAUGCCCGUGUGGCACUUUGGACUGCUGCCACUGGAGCAGGAUAGUUUGGAAGGGUGAAGCUGUCCAUAGUAAUAUCCUCCUGGUGAAUGGGUUUUGCUCUUUCAUAUUUGGGAUCAUGAAGGAGCACUCCCCAGGCAAGUGAACUAGAAACCCCAGCAGCCUGUGUCUGUAAGGCCCCUGUUCAUUCUGCACUUUGCCUCACUAGCGUAGUCCAUCCCCCCCCCCGCCGCAUUGUGCAGAAGCUACCAUGCAGCUGAGCUUCAGUUGUGGGAGCUGGUGGUGGCUGAAUGAUUUGUUAUCCGCCUAGGUCAGUCGUUUUCAAAUUCAUUGCCGUGAGAAAUGAGCAAAUAAUAAUAAUAAUAAUAAUAAAAAUAAAAAAUAAAAAUAAUAAAAUUUUAUGUAGACCCCACCCUCCCUGGCCAGUGCGGCUAACACCGAAUAUAAAUUACAAUAAAACAUAAUAGAAAAAAAGAAAAAAGAAAAAAAGUUAAUUAAACUAUUAAUGAAAGCUCAGAGUCCUAAACUGCAGAGAAGAUUGCCUGCUCUGUCUCUGCAUAGUUUCCUGGCCUGGCCUGGCCCUCUUCUGUCCACCUUCUCUGGAGGCAAGUAAUGCUGUUGCCUCUCUGUAUCACAUGUCACUGGUCAAAAUGAGUGAAGUUUGUUACCCCCAAAAUGCAAAACUUACUGAGUGUAAGAACUCUGUGUCUCCAGUUUUAAGUUGGAGAAGCAAAAAUUGAGAGGUACUAACCUGAAUAGAGAGGGAACAGUAUGUAUGCUUAUGCUGGUAUUGUUGUAUUUCAGGGACACUCGGAAACCUACUGUCUCACUUUCUGCUGUCGGUAAGUACCAGUUGGUUAGGUGGAAUUUGAAAUAUUGGCAUAGUAUUUCACUCAGUAGUUGGUGUUAAGUGCCCUCAAAGAAGAGGUCUUGGCACUGGUUUCCAGUAGCCCACAAGGUGUCCAACCUGUGGCAUGCCUGCCACUAUUGGAGCAGGCAGUAGCAGAUUUGGCAAUGGUAUUAAGCAGCCUUCCUCAACCUGGCGCCCUCCAGAUGUCAUACCCUACAACUCCCAUCAGCCCCAACCAGCAUGGUUGUGGCUGGAGGGAGUAGUAGCCCUAAGUAUGUGGAGGGCACCAGCUUGGGAGAGGCUAGCAUAAAGUGUCAACUUCUGCCUUACUCAGACUUUAUUUCAGCAGCAUAAUUUAGGACAGGGCAGGGGCGUCAUUUUGUUGAUGUUCUUGCUAAGGCAUUGUGAUCCAGAGCUUCUUGGCAAUCUGCUGCAAAUCACCUAGGAGUCUUCCAGUAGAGCCCAAUCUACCUUUUGCCUAUACCUGUGAUAGCCUAUUUUUCAAACUUGACCCAUGUCCCACUUUCCCAGACAGUUGCCUGCUGCAUCAGUAGGCUGCAGAUGAGCUGGCUUGGUUCUUGACUGGUGCCCUGGGCUGGCCUUCUCGGAUGGCUGGGCUGCACCCUGCAGCAUUCCGUACUACGCCUCUGGUGACCACUCCAUUUUCGAAAGCUCUUGCCCUAUUCGUUGUCAAUUAUUUGUGCCCAGCAAGAUACAAUACCCAGGCUGGGCUUGACUUGACACCUCGCUUGCAUUUGCUGUGUCAUCGUCAUACUCACCUGACCAUACAACCUAUUGGCAUGUUGGUGUUCUUUUAAAUUGUGUGUGUGCUCUGUCCCUUCUGCAGCUGGUGCCUCCCAGGUAAAAUGGAAUAAGAAGAAUGCCCACUGCUUGGCAACCAGCCAUGACGGGGAUGUGCGCAUUUGGGACAGGCGGGUGAGUCACUGUUGCCCCUCUAAGGGAGAUGGUUGUGGUCAUCUCUUGUGCAAGCUUUCAAAUGAAAUCUCUUCUUGCAGAAACCCGGCACUGCGGUGGAGUACUUGGCUGCUCAUCUCUCUAAAAUCCAUGGCCUGGACUGGCACCCAGACAAUGAGAACAUAUUGGCUACGUCCAGCCAGGACAACUCUGUCAGGGUAGGUGGGUGGGUGGGGCUGGGUUUUGAGGGCCCUUAAGCCCAAUUCUGACAUGGCGCUUACCUUUCAAACUGGCUGAAAUGUGAACUUCACCAGCCAGGCAGGUGGAGAGUUGUCGGGGAACCAGCCCACCAGGUGCGGAGGAAAAUAACGAAGAGUCAUGGGUGAAGGUUUAAGCAAGGAGUGAGUUCUCUCUCCCAGCAGCCUUGCAUGUUUAUUAGCCUUGCGCACAUUACAUCAUGUUGCAUAUACACGUGUAGCACUCGGGUGGAAAACAGCUAGGGUUUGCAUUUCUUAGAAUAACUAUUCUCUACCAGGACAUAACUCCAGACAGCAUGACAGCCGCAUAAGCUUUGCGGUUAGGCAGCUUGUCAGUGACCCAGGCGUGUGGGGGGGAACAAGUCAGCAGAUGCUUCCUCUUGCACAAUCUUGCACAAGGGUGCUGUUUUUUCUAUUGCAUCCCCACAUGCCCUCCUUUUUUUUAUAUUAUUUAAUCAGAGUCAUAAAUUUCAUUCCGAGGCAGAAGCUCGCCAGGGUCGCACACAGCGCGCUGGUAACCAGGUAGGCCGUCCAUCCAGGUCCACUGCCGCGUAGCCGCGUCCCCAGGAGAUGAGUGGCACAGGACCAUGCCAUGUUGGAUCAGGUAGCUGUCUGUAAGAUACAAGAGGCCGAGCCAAAGGCUCUGCUUUUCGAAAAUGAAUCUCAGCCGGUGUAUAUUCCCUAUUAUGGGGAUACAAAAGAUGGUUAAGAGUGAAUAAAACAGUAUGCACAAUUGAAGGAAUCUCGGCGGAGGGGGCAUUUCGACCUCCAAGUUGUUUGGACAGCAGUGUCUUGAAGGUCAAGUGCGCCCUCUCCACAAUCGCCUGUCCUGUUGAAUUAAAAGGCAAACCAUGGAUUAAUUUCACAUUCCAUAAAUCACAAAAGGAUGAAAACUGAGAGGAAAUAUAGGCUGGGCCAUUAUCCGUUUUAAUGCUUUGUGGCUUACCCAUCACAGCAAAACAGCGCAGGGUGUGCUGAAUGACGUGACGAGCGGUCUCACCCUUCAAUGGGGUGGCCCAGAUAAAUCCAGAUGAGGUGUCCACUGUCAAGUGAACUUUUGAGAAUGGGGCGAGCAGAGGGUGUGCGUAACAUCCAUCUGCCAAACCGCAAGAGGGGACGUACCCCUAGGGUUCACCGCAUCAAAGGGAAUCAUGGUUGGAGCCUUAGAACAGGUAGGACAUUGAGAGACAAUGUCUCGUGCCUGUGCAAUAGGGAUUUUAAACAUUUUUGCCAAAACUUUAGCAGGCUGGUGAAAGGUAGAAUGAGAGAGAAUAGGGUCAGAAAACAAGGAAAACACUUCAGAUCGCAGUGCAGCGUCUGCCACGGCAUUUCCCUGAGCCAAAACCCUGGGUGAUUGGUGUGGGAACGAAGGUGUGCAACAUAAAAAGGAUGACGGCGUUCUUGAAUAAGAUACUGCAAGGUAGAAAAAGAACAAACAAAUCAGCAUCUAACGCAGGCGUGAUAUAAGAAACAGGCAGGGAAGACAGAAGGCGAUACACAUAUUGUGUAUCAACAAGCAAAUUAAAAGGUUUAUCAGGAAAGAGUUGAAAGGCAAGGAUUACAGCAGCAAGUUCAGCCCGCUGGGCGGACCUCUGUUGCUCAGUAAAUUCAGUUUUCCAUUUUCCACCCUCCUCCCAUGCCACCCCCGCGUUUUUGACCCAUCAGUGAAAAGGGUAAGGGCAGAGGGGAUGGGGGUCGGAGAGAGAGCAUUUUUAAAGUAUAGACAGUUUGAGAAAGAAAGCCAAGCGUGGAUCAGAGGGGGAUUAUGCGUGAUGGUUCCCAAAAUCCACAAGUGCUACUUGAGUAGCCACGGAGGUGGAAAUCAGGUGUUGUGUUUCUGUGAGUGAAAAGGCAGGUAAAUUUUUUCAACGUCCAGCCCAGAGAGGGCUUUUGCUCGAGCGCGCCCUUUAAUUACCAAAUCCAUUACAGCCGCUGGAGAGGAAUAAAUGUUACGCGGUGGAGUAUGCGGAAGGUGGAUCCAUUCCACAAUGUUGACACCCGAGGGGCAGCCGAUUUCUGUGAGUAGAGAAUGGCUGUAGGCAGCAAAGGUGUGGAAAAAUUGCCAAGGAUAACUGCACAUUGUGCAGAGUGUCUAUGCGAUCCACCAUUCGGUCUCUUAAUAAAGCAUUAACCUUGACAUGGCGCUUACCUUCAAACUGGCUGACUGUGAACUUCUAGGGCGCUGAGCUGUGAGAGGCAUUGCAGCAGCAAUUAAGGGAGUAUCUGUAGGAGUUGUGGCAUCCGCAGGGAGCAGUAUGACUUUAGCCACUGGCGUGCCAGAUGAAAGACCUAAGAGGGGGGCUGCUUGUUUAAUUGCAGUCCCCAGUGGCGUCGGCGGAGGCUGAUAAUCUGGUGGUCGUGGUGGAGUAAAAGGUGGUGGUUGAAGCGGUGCAGCCGGAUAUAUGAAAGGCAUAUUCAGGACUGUUUCUUGUUGUGGUUGCAACGAAGCCAAGAGGAUGUUUUUGGGCGUAAGAGUUGCCAUGCAGCCACGGACUUUAGCCCAGGCACUGAGGACGUGAAGAUUUAUGCGGCCAUGGCCAUGAAAGUGGUCGCCAAUGCUGUUCCAUGCUGGAAUUUCCCAUGUCCCGUCCUCAGGGAACCAUGGACAAUGUUCAUCUAUGGCCAGAAUCAAUGCGAUUAGAUCACCUUCAGGUACUUGCUGUUUAUUUUCCCGAAGGAGGUGCUGCAUGUCUUUUAAAAAUUGUUUUGCACCAGCCAGGCAGGUGGAGAGUUCCAGUUGUGCUGGUCCCUGCCGGUCUUCACAGCCAUUGGGGGUCACUGGGAAAUGAAUGGAGGGUACCAUCCUGUUUUGAGGGAAGGGGUGUCCUGGUGAAUAAGCAACCAGUCUUUUCCAAGACUCCUUUCCCAUACUCCUUGCUGCAUGUCACAGUGUGUGAUGCUGCCACAGGCUAAAAAAUCAUUGCAGUCUUUGGGCAUCUUUGCAUUUUGUUUUGCAAAAGCUGGAUCUGCCUGUUUUUGUGUGUGUUCUUAUAUUUGUUUGUGAAGUUCCAUCCAUGUGCAGUGACCCUGUGCGGUAGCUUAGGCUGAGAGGUCAAAAGUCACCCAAUGAGCUUCAUGGCUGGCUAGGAACUUGAACCUUGGUCUCCCAGGUUGCAACCCAACAUUCUUAACCACUGCAACAUACCGGCAUAACAUAACCUUUCCCCUAAUGCAGGGGUGAUUCACCUGAGGCCCUCCAAGUGUAGUUGGUUUCCAGCUCCCAUCAGCCCCAGCCUAAUGUGGCCAACAGGGGUGAUGAGAGGCAAAGUCUGGCCACAUUUGCAGGGUCAGGCAUUCCCCACCCCUGCUUGAAAGCAUCAUAGCUUAAGGCGGUUUAUAGGACUUUAUGGGUCAUUGCUUUCAUUUUUUAAUUAUACCUGGUAGCUUUCAGAGAGAUGGUAUACUGAGUGCACUACUCUUACUUAGCUGUGUCUUUGGCCCAGUUCUAGCAAGAGGAGGGCAGCAGCAUUUUGUUUCCAGACUGUUUUCAAGGACAGCCCUCCGCAGAACAUAUUUACUGGUACAUUAAUGGAGGUGACAAGGGCUUUUUCCUCUGAGGAGGGCCCCAACUGUGUAUUGUGGUGUUGAUUAAAAAGCAUUCCCAGCUUCAGGUGCCUCCUGGGUAUCUGGAGCAGGAUUGGUCAUCUUACUGUGGUAACUUGAUGCUGAAAGGGCAAUGGGGAGCCCAGGUACUAAAAAUCCUUCAUGAAUACCCCAGUCCUUCAGUGGGAUGUUAUUCCAAAUAGCAUAUGUACACUUACUGAAGGCCAGAAGUCCUUUCCACUCUGGCCAUGUUGUAGUGCUCUUGUUGUGCUGUGAUCUCCCAGGUGUGUGUAUGUUGCUGCUGGUAAGCUUCUUCCUCCUCCUGAACUGGCUUGUUAUCUCUUUCGUUGAAGUUUUGGGAUUACCGACAACCCCGAAAAUACCUCAACAUCCUGGCAUGUCAGGUUCCUGUCUGGAAAGCCAGAUACACGGUAAGGACAGAGCCAACUUGAGAAAGCUGGUAAGCCAAAUGUUCAAAGAGAAAAAGCAUAUUUAUCUGUUGUCAGGUGAUGGACAUAUGUAUCUCAGCAGGGAUGUCUUAAGAGAGGCUUUCCUCCUUUUCUCCCUUGCAGUGGGAAUGACUUUUCUAAGUUUGCAAACUUAAUCUAAGGUGUUUGUGUAUCUCCUUCAUACAAAUAUAUCCCAAGCAAAAAACAACCCUCCAACACUCCUAGGUUCACAUGUUUACAUCUAAGAUGAUGUAAGACCCUCUUCUUCUCUGCCUCAUGGGUGGAGUAGGAAGUAGCAGAGGUGGCAGAGAGAAGAACAGUAAAUGAAGUAAAUGAACAACUUGAGAUUGCAGCCUGCUUCACUCUCCACCCAAGAGCCAUAAGGAAUAAAGCUUGUGAAAAUCACUGAGGUUUGAUACAUUGGCACUGUUAAUUAGCACAAGAGCUGGGCACACACCCAGGGGUGUUCCGCUAACUGUCAGGUCUUUCAGAUGUGAUCACUCACACAUUACAAAGAUGCAUGUGUGUUGCCAUGUUGUAACUUGUUUUGGUGGGGAAAGGGCAACUGAGAAACAUUUCAGAGUUUCUGAACCCCCAACCUUCCCCUGUGACUUCUUUUAGCCUUUCAGCAAUGGACUGGUGACAGUGAUGGUGCCCCAGCUGCGGAGAGAGAACAGCCUACUCCUCUGGAAUGUCUUUGACCUGAACACGCCGGUCCACACCUUUGUAGGGCAUGAUGAUGUUGUGCUAGAAUUCCAGUGGCGGAAGCAGAAGGAAGGUGCGUGACAGAUGUGUCCUUCUCAUAGUGGCCUCAGUGUGCCUGCUGGCUGUCUGGCCCACAAAGCACAGAGGUGGCUUUGAAGCUUAAAGCCCGUUCUGGCUCUUUUCAGGCAGUUUGUUUUCAAUUGCAUUGUGUCUUUUCUGAGUUCCCUCUCUGUGUCAUGUCUCUCUGUUCUUCUACUAGUUCAUUUAAAAUUAAAUUGCAGUAAACUAUAAGAGAUCCCCCCCUCAUCACUCUGCAACUGUAUUUGCUGGGGGCGGGUGUGUGUGUGGAAAUCUGUGAUGGCCAAAAGAAAUUGAGAACUUUGGUCUAACUAUGCAGAACAAAAUGCCAUGCAUGACACAGGCAGGGAAAGGAUCUUGGGCACUUGUGGCACAAAUAUUGGGUUUAAGCUGCAUUUCACACAGACUUCAACCUACCCAUUCCUUUUAUAUCAAAGGAACAUGGGCUGGUUUGAGCUCUUUGUAUGUGAUUUUUAUUGAGUUUCGAAACAGGUGAAACCAAAAGAGUACAUACAGAAGUGGGUCUACAAGCAAAACCCAACAUUGCCAGACAUCACACAAAGAUAAUUCUAAAUUCACCCUUCUCCCUCUCCCCCACCCUUGAGAGAGCAAAAGUACAAAAAUGUGGGCCAAGCGUUUAGAAUGAGUAAGUCCACCUCAAAGAAAAACAUCUCAAGCAGAGCACAGAGAUACGCCUUCAAAAUACCAGACCAUCUCAAAAGAGCCAGAGUUUAAACUCUUUAAUCUAAAACGCCUUUCAGGAUCCAAGGACUACCAGCUGGUCACCUGGUCUCGAGAUCAGACACUUCGGAUGUGGCGAGUUGAUUGCCAGCUGCAACGGGUAAGUGACAGGUGGCAUAGUCUUUCCUUUUUUGUUUUGCUCAAAGUUGCAGAUGUCAGAAACCAGAAAACAUCUAUUUUCCAUCUAAAUUGUCAGGUACCUCCUGUACCUGUUGUCCUGGGUCCAUCUCCUGUUAUGGGGUUUGCUUUCUGUGCUUCUGUAUCAAACCUCUUUCCUGUUCCUGACUUUAUGGUGGUUUCAGCAGAAUAAAUCAAGCAAGUGGAACCCACCUUGAGAGUAUCUGGAUCAACCCUUUGCACUGGCAAAAUCUCUUAAUUCUGAUAGAAGUUCACCACCUGCUUUAACAUCAGCAUGGAAGCACCAUUACACUAGUGUCCUUGGUCAACAUCUUCAUCCCACUGCUUUUAGAGUCAGGAAGCAUUCCCUCAAUCUAGCCUACAGCUGCCUCACCAAAACGUGGGCCUUUUCUCCUUCCUUUUGGGGCCCUGGUCAAGAGCUGCCUGUCUUCUUUUGGUAGUGGAGGUGGUGGUGGUUCAGCAGUUGUGAAACACAUAACUCUGUCCUUGUAUCUUCUUUCCUCUAAGCCAGCAUUCCUCAAACUGCAGUGUAAGCUCCCCUUGCCCCCAACAGGAAGGGGGCAUGCAAGGUGUGCCAGCAGGGAAGCUGUACAGUUUUGUCCACCUUUGCAGAUGAUAAACCUAUAAGCAAGCAAGGCUCAGGGUUUCCCAAAGUGUGGGUGGUGAUCCCUUUGGGAUGGUUGCAAGGAAGCAAUAAUGCAGGCGAGGUCUCUUGACUCUUGUGAGAAUGUUGAAAUGCUGCCAGGAGAUGGAGCAUAUUGGAGCUUACGGGGAAAAGCUGGUGUGGAGGUUAUAUGAACCGGGACGAGGGUUAUGUGGGAGCUUGGAACAAGCAGUGUGAAGCCAGUGAGGUCUCUAGACAAGGGAUGGUGCAGAAAUCCUAGCCAAUUUGCAACUUGGGGGCGGGCAUGUUUCCUGUUGCACCAUGUUUGCUGUGCCACAUCCGUGGCCUUCUCUGUUUCUGCUUUGCUGCAUUUGCUGCUUCUUGUUCCAGCUGUGCUCCAAUGACCUCCUGGAAGGGGUGGAGGAGCUCAUCGAUGGGAUUUCUCUCCUGCCAGAGCCAGACAAGGCCCUGCCUUCCCAAGACACUGAGCCCCAGCAAAAUGCCAACCAUGGAGAAGAGGAAGGUGAGGCGAGGGGGUGCCUGGGUGGUUCGUGGAGCUGGCAGACUCUUCUGUGCCUUGUUUUGCAUGUCGCUCUGUGGAUGCCUCCCUAACCAUGUCCCAUUCCCUCCCAGUAUUACUAUUAUUAAUUCAUAAAUUGAAUUUGAAAACAAAAAUGGAAGCAAUAGCAUUCUAAAACAGUUAAGACACUCCAGAAACAAUUACAAUUAAGAACAUCUAAAAGUAGUUAGUUAAAAACAUUCUUGCAUCCAGUGAUCUCAAGGUUGCUAGGAACAGUGGUCUUCAGCCAUGCUUUCUAAUUCCUCCUGAAAAUUAAUAAUGUUGGAGACAGGUGCACCUUGUUAGGGAGGGCACUCCACAGCUGGUGAGCCAUUACUGAAAAGGCCCUGUCACAGGGUCAGCCCUACUACCCCUGGCUCUAUCUCUUAGUAGCUGCCUUGCCCUCCACCCUAACAGCCACAGUGGGCACCAGCCACCACGGAUGUCUACAGAGAAGAUUACCAGCAACAGAUCUGUGCUGAACAAGCAGAGCAUUUUGCAGGCAAGGGGGUUUCUACUUCAAAAGUAGAGAUGGUACAUAAGUUGCUGAAAGCAGUUAAGCCAUUAGUCUUCAGUGGAUGCUACACAACAUGCUCUGGUGGGGGGGGGAGGGGCACUUGUUAGUGAACAGUCUUCAGUGGGUGUUUGAAUAGCAUAAAAGGGAGCAGGCGAAUGGGUGGGAGUUACACAGGUAAGGCUCCACAACAUCAGGAAGGGCUCUGUCCUGAGUUACAAAGACUUGCCUACAGGAGUUGCUCACUCUUUGCAGAUGGCAACUGAGUUGCAUAUCUGGACUUAGACCCUAGAAGAGAGUUUGGCAAUGGUAGCCCUUGACUCAUUUUAGGCAGGUGGCAAAGAGAAGAAGAGGUGGCAGAAAGUGUGAGGGGGGGAUGGACAGAGGGGGUGGUAGAAAAAGGGAAAGGGGUCUAGCUCCACCCUUUCCCGCUUUUGACCCACUGCUGGUGUUAUGUAGACCCUGACAGAAUGCUACUCUCAGGAGGAAACGUUCCCCACUUCAGCCUUAAAAGCACUGCUGAAGUAUCAGAGCUUCAAAGAGUCCAUCAGACUUCUAUGAAGGAAUACUCUUCCUGUCUGCCCCUGUCCAAUUCCACUCUAAUUCUCUCCUCAUCACCCCCAAAUGCCUGGCACUUUCAGCUUGUUGUCCCACCUCUUCCCACUUUCUCUGACUGGGGAUGGGAGGAGGAGGGCACAGGUCCUCAGCACUGCCUUCUCUCCCUGACAGCCUUGAAAGAAGACUCUCAGAAAAGUCUCCUGGUGGGGAAAAAGCUAGACCAGCUGGGGCUGCCUCAAACCUUGCAGCAGGAAUUCUCUCUGAUCAACGUGCAGAUCCGAAAUGUCAACAUGGAGGUAGGUGAGGGAGGAGCCAUGUCCUCCUGUUGGGUGUGCUGUUGCUUGAGAGGGUGGAAUUCGCAACACCCUGUCUGCUGCUGGGUGGGGAUUGUUUGCCAUCUUCUGGCAGGCUGCCUUUCUUGGGCCAUGACUCCUUGACAGGCCAAGGGAAGGGUCUAUAGAGACUUCCCUGGCAGGGUUGCAUCCAUGAUGCCCUCACUUUUUGGAGUACCACUUAAGCAGAAAGCAGGGGAGGGGGGAGAGAAUGUGGAAGCAGCCAGCCCAAAUACUGAGUUGCAUCCAGUGUUCUUACUUAGAAUAGACCCAUUGAUAUUAAUGCUCAUGACUCAUUGAGGCCCCCUGAUUUUAGUGAGUCUGCCCAGAGUAGAUCUGUGACAUUGUUUUCAGCCAUCCUCACCUUGAGCCCCAUCUGUUUUUAGACUGCUCUGGUGGUGAAUUUGCUUGUUUCAUUAUAAAAUACAGUUCAUUUACUUUUCCAAAAUUGCUUUAAGCAGUAUACAAAAUCUGUUUUUGAAGUCUAAGGAAGAAGAUACAUUUGUUAAAACAAAGAUUGAGCCUUCAGGCCAGAACUUCACUUAAAUUAUUUGCUAAGUACGUACUUUAAGUGUAGCAACAACAAUAGCAGCAGCAGUUUACAAACAAAAAGAAAUGUAACUUGGAACCUUCUGUGAUAAUAACAGUAAUGAUGAUCAAGAGAGGCUGGUUUAUUAGGGUGAAUAGGGCACUGCCCCACCAAGCUCGGUCUCCCACAGCCAGUCAGCCCCCCAGCCAACUUCUUUCUUACAACUAGUCUAGAUGAUAGCACUGGCUGUCAACUUCCUCCUUAGUCUCCGUGUUGACCUUACAGAACUCAGCAGAAAGGAAGAUGGGGACAAUUCCAGAACCACUUGGCUCAGCCCACCAUUUGCUCUGGUCUCCUACUGUUGGUCUCCCUGCCUUCCACCAAUAGAAUCCAGUUCCAAUGGGUACCAGCCACCACUGAGGAUGAUGAUUAUUGCAGGGUCCAGAUCGAGUCUGGUCCCCUUGUGGACCUCCACUGUUCCUUGAAGUAGGUCAGUGCAAUUGGAUCCAUUAACAAAAUAUUCUCCUAACAUCUCCUCUGUUUCUCCAUUGACUUCGGCAGAUGGAUGCUGUAAAUCGUAGCUGCACUGUCUCCGUGCACUGCAGCAACCACAGGGUCAAGAUGCUGGUGAUGUUCCCUGCUCAGUAUCCCAACAAUGCUGCCCCCUCCUUCCAGUUUGUCAAUCAGACCACCAUCCCCUCCACCAUGAAGGCCAAGCUGCUGAAGGUGGGUCUGCAAGCGAGCAACUCUCUGGCAGGUGGGGUGGCAGAAGGCUGUGGAGGUCCGGGAACAGGGAGGGUCUCCACAUUGGCUGCCUACCCAUGAAUUCUGUCUCGAGGAACCCUCAGUCGUGGAGCCUUGAUCAUUGUUUGAGUGUGUGGAGAAGCUGGGGGUGUGUGUGUUCAUGACCCAAACCAUUCACAUAGUAUGCGGGGGCCUCUUGCAGAUCCUGAAGGACACUUCAAUGCAGAAGGUGAAACGGAAUCAGUGCUGCCUGGAGCCCUGUCUGCGCCAGCUGGUCUCCUGCCUGGAGUCUGUUGUGGUAGGAAAUGGCUUUCAGCGCCAACCUAUCUUCUCAUUUUGCCCUAGGCUCCUUGACCCUUGUUUGGAAAAAACCUCCUAGUAUCCCUUUUUUCUUUACAAAUCCAGAGUGCUUUACAACAGAUUUUAAAACUUUUCCAUAGUAGCUUUGCAUGCUUUCAGUUUUUAGCAUUGUACUGCUAAAGCAGAAGCAUAGAAACCACAUUGGACAGAGGUGCCAAAAUUUGCCUAUCCGCAGGGAGGGGUGGCUCUGAUUCUCAAGCUAGCUGGCCCUUGUCACUGGCAUGUGGGUUGCUGCUGAGGCUGGGUAGCAGGUUUCUCAUCUUAUGAUUGUUCUGAUUCCUGCAUUGCAAAACAUUUUGUUCCACUGACAGGAAAUGUUCCUCAAACCCAAAGGGGGCAUAUUCCACUGCCCUCUUCUCCUUUCUAUAAACCAGGCACCAGUCAUGCAAGUUGCAUGCGCCGUGGCAGACUGAGGACUGGGAUACCAGGAACAGCACCUCUGUGCACCUCUGCUGUGGGAUUUGGAAGUGCUUUGAAAUCCCCAUCUAGAAGUGCCCUUAAGCCUUAAGAACUAAGCCCUGGUUGGCCACAAAGUGUUCUUCUUUGGCCUUGUUCUUCUACCACUGUGGCAAAUGCUUUCUGAUUCAGGAAGAGACCCUCCUUACAGACCACAAUAGAAAAUGGCAACAACAAAUGAUGUAUCUGGGUUCAUUCUGCUGCCUUCCAGUCCUAAGAGACACCUCUCCAUUGGCUCUAUGCUUUUUCCUUUUAAAAGCAGAAAGCUGACUAGCGCUGAGUUUCUGUGUGUGGUGACAAGACACUCAAUUCCCACAUGAGUAGCGUGAUUGCAGGCCAGGGGGAAUAGCAGCCCUGUUGUACCUUGCAGUUAAAAAUACACAAUGAUAAGGGUCCCUAGAUAACAGUGCAUGCAAGACAAAAAGAUCCAAAAUAUGAAAAUGGUACUAUAUUGAACUCUUAAGAACAUGUAUAUGAAACAGUGAUACAUAAUGUUGCAGUUAAAGAGCAGGAUAGUAUAAUAUAUAUAUAUAUAUAUAUAUAUAUAUAUAUAUAUAUAUAUGUGUGUGUGUGUGUGUGUAUGUAUGUAUAUGAACUCAACACCGGUUGAAAGUCUGUUUUGUCUAAUUGGUUGUUUUCAAUUCUGCCUGAUAAAUCUACUAUCCUUAGGUAGAGUAAUAAUGCUACUCCCAUGUUCCUUCGCUUUAAACAUGGCAAACUGGGAAAGUUUUAAAAGGGGACCUGGCUGACCCUGCAGGCCUGCACAGUAAUGUAGGAAAGUGCCUGAUCCCAGGUCAUACUGUGUCCAUCCAUCCCCAUUUUGCUUCCUGUAAUUGGCAGCAGCCCUCUGGAGCGUCAGACAGAAAGAGCUUUCUGGGAUAGCUUUAACUGGGGUUGCCAGAGAUAGAACCUGGGACUGCCUGCCUGCAACGCAUGCGCUCUAGCUUAGAGCUAUGCCCCCUCCCUGACAUAUUGGCAUGUUGGUGUUUCAGGACGAAAGCCCUGUUGUCAAGAUGAUGGGCUCCAUGCAUGCAAUUCUUAAUCUGUUUUCUGUUUCAGAACCAGGAGGACAGCUCCUCCAGCAACCCCUAUGCACUCCCAAACUCCGUCACGCCGCCCUUGCCAACAUUCCCCAGGGUCUCGAAUGCUUACGGCUCCUAUCAGGAUUCCAACAUCCCAUUUCCACGCACCUCUGGAGCCAGGUUUUGUGGGGCAGGUUGGUAGACUCUUAAGCAUGUGAAGCUAAAGAAGGGCAGGGAAAUGGUCAGGGCUCCCAGCUCGGAUCUUAUCCAAGAGGAGAAGGGUGUGAGUGAGUGUGGCAAGGGUACACCACUGUGCCCUCACCCCCUUUCCCUUCGCCUGCGCAGCAAGCUGUUGCUACAGUGCUGUUGGUGCAGCAUCAGGAAACCUGCCCUCAAAAUGAAGGAGGCAAUUCACGAGGUUUGCGGACAACCCUACAAACAAAUUGACAUGAUUCUGGGCAUCUAGAAAUCUUUUGUCUUAAAAUCUUUGUUUCCAGGAGUGGAAUAGAAUUGGCAGCUUUGCAAAAUAAAAAUAAAAAUAAUUGAGUGCAUAUUCUAGGUUUCCAGUUCCAGGAUUAGGUUCCCUUUCCUCCAGUUUAUUUACUAAUCUAUGUAUAUAGCAAGGGAGCAAAUUUCUAUGUAUUUUUUUAAAAAAAGAAAACCUGUUUGAGACAGAAUAAGAUUUAUGAUUUUGUCAGGGAGUAGGGAAGGCUUGGGUGCUACACUGGCCAAAGGAGUUGCAUCCUACCAAACACCGAUUUUAAGCCCUUAACAAAUUUGCCCCUCAGAUUUGCUGAGUAAAACCUGCAUUCUUAUAAAAUAGUUCUUUCUUGUAAAGAUAAGCAGAAAAUGGGUAGAAUUGCCUAAUCUUUAGCAAAGUGGUAGCAGCUUAGGAAACUAACCCUGAACAAAGCCCAAAUUAGAGCAAUGGUAUUCAGAUUUCUGUGCUCAGGGAGCAAUUUCCCCACCCAUUUGUCAGCUGUGGAAUCUUUGCAUGUGGACAGGAAUUCUUGACAGCAUUCUAGACUAGAGUGCAACCUCCCCCCACCCCCCACCUUUGAUUUCUGGGCAGUUGUGGGAGCAUGAUAAUGCUUGGCUUGCUAUGUGUCCCUAGGAUAAAUAUGAGCCAUGCAUUUGACAUCUAGUAUAGAAGUUGCAGGUUGGACAGAUGUGCCUUUACCUGAACUGUGUGAUUAAUUCUGUCUGCAAGAUAUGGGGGAAAGGAAAAGUGCAGCAAGGGGUCAAAGCCCCUGGCCAUUGGAGAUCUUGGCUGGCCUUGUGAGAUUCUAUCUAGCCUUGACCCUAGGCUUUGCAGUACUGCAUUGUGUGCUUGGCCAGAAUAGACACAGCCCUGAUUAAAGCUGCCUUCCUGUGGGAAGACACUUAAAUAACCAUCCUUUCUAACUAUAGAAGUGGUACCAACUAUUACUUUGGAAGCUGUGUUCUUCAGUGCAGGAUCUCUCAUCUUCACAGGGUACUUGGUGUACUUCACACGACCUAUGACGAUGCACCGUGCAGUCUCCCCUACAGAACCAACCCCCCGGUAAGUACGUAGGUAGCUGACUGUUGUGGAAGCCAUCUCAGCAGCAAGAGGUGUGCUCAUGGCAAUGCCCAGGCGCCUCCUCCUCUUCUCUGAAUGAGGGAGACGGAGUUUCAGUUUUGGCUAUUGGAAUGACCCAUGACUCCGUAGAAACACAUAUGCUUUGCCUAUAGAAGGUCCCAGGUUCAUUCCUUGGGCUCUCGGGUACCAGGGCCAGGAAGAAUUUGUGCCUGAGACUUUAGGAAAGCAUUAUCGCCCAGAGUAGACUGUAUUGUGCUAGAUAGAACAGGGGUCACCAACAUGGUGCCCACAGGUACACAUGCACCCUCGGAGGCCUUCCCAGGUGUCCAUAGGGUCCCCUGCACUGCUGAGAAUUUAGUCUUGAAAGAAACAUCCUGUUGUAUAGAAUAGGUUGUGGUGUGUGUGAUGCUCCCAUAAUAGUUUCUCAGGCUUGCAAAUGUGCCCACGUGCCAUAAACCUUUGGUGAGCUCUGGGAUAGACCAAUGGCCUGACUCGGUUUAUGACAGUUUCCUAUGCUUCUGCUGUGCCCUUUGCCUCAAUCCCUGCUUUCUGUGAUGCUGCAUGGGACUGACUGUUAGCUUUCAGGAAUGUGUAUCUUGUGUUCAGAUCCCUGUCGGCCCUCUCAGCCUACCAUAGUGGCCUCAUCACUCCCAUGAAGAUCCGUACAGAGACCCCUGGGAACCUGCGCUUGUACGGUGGGAGCCCUACACGCAACGAGAAGGAGCAGGUCUCCAUCAGUUCCUUCUACUAUAAGGAGAGGGUAAGUGUGUGGUCUGUGGAGCUUCCUCGCUGCCUUAUUUCCAGCCAUUUACGCUUGUUGGAGAUCACUGCCCUUAACAGCACUCUUGCAGGGUGGAGGGCAGGAUUUGCCUGUCCUGUAAUAGAAGCCCAAGGAGACACCUUGGAUGAGCUGUGCUGCUGGCUCUCUUUGGGAUGCUCUUGAUUCUUCCUUUCUUAGCAUUAUGCCUUCACUUACUGAAAAAGGCCAGCUAUCUGCAAUUAGGGACUUGUCCAGCUGCUAGGUUUUUUAUGCAUCUGAGUGGUCCUUGGGUGGACCAUGCAAGAAUUAUAUAGGGGUGCCUGACAGCUCUGUGGAUUUGUGUGCAAGCAAUCUGGACUGACUGUGUGGCACAAGAGGGCAGGCUUUUUACACUUGGGUCACACUGGGGUCCAUCAGGGAGCGUGGAAAUCUGCCAAACCCCUGGGUUGCAAAGGCUACGACGUUGCCUCCGGCUCCCCGCUUACUUGAGAGCUGGGCUUGUUGACUGGCUCAUGCUGAGCACCUCCACUUGCCAGAGAUAAUUGGUUAGGUGUCCCAGGGCAGACUUACCACAUCUAGUUCCUGCCCACUUUGGAAGAGCUUGAAUGGCCCUUAUUUAAUGAAACCCCAUAGGAUACAGCUGUGACUACCUUCUUGGCAGUCUUGGAGUUCUCCACGUCAUCAUAUACUGUAUGGGGGCCUAAAAUGACGAUCUUGAGAGUGAGCUAAAAAAAACUUAACUGAGCUGAUGCACUUAGAAUCGGGGCUUGGGGCUCUUUGAGCUGGUCACACUAGGCUCAACUUUCCCAGCUCUAUCAGCAGUUAGCAGCUUCGCAAAACCUGAUGCAGCAGAUAGAGACCCUCUCCCCAGCGUGGCAUGUGCCACUUUGAGCCAGCCAGGUUCCCUGAAGGCUGAGUUUUCAGGGGUCUCAUUUUGGAAGGAGUCUUUUGCUCUUGAAGCUGUAUCUAGUCCUGCCUAUUUUGGGGCCUUUCGGGGAUUGAAAUGCACAGGGACUGGGAGGCCCAACUGACAGGGUGGUUUUAAAGUGAUGAAAUAAAACAGAGUUGCACAGGGCUUUUCCCGUGGCAAAUUCCUGUGCUCUUGGGUCAGUAAUUGAGUAUUUAAUUUGAAUCAUGGGAAGAAUAUUGUACGGAAGCAGUGUGUGAAAUGCCAGCACCCCAGAAGCUAUCCAUGGAUAGCCUGGAUAGGUGGAGGGAUUGGCACAGGCUGAGGGCUCUUCACAUCUAGAUGCUGAGCAUUUGCUGCGCACUGAUGGGGGUCAUCUGAGCUCCCUUUCUUAGCAGCUAAUUAUUUUCUAGGAAUUUGUGUGGGUUAAAUUAGCCACAGGGAAAAACAGAUAAGGAAAGGGAAACAACCACCUGAGGGGUGCAACCAGCAGGAUCUUCCUGCCUGUGUAUUUGACUGCUCUGUGUCUCAGAGGACUCAAGGCCUCUGACCUCAGUGUCACUGUCAGCAGCGCUGGUUGCGUGAGACACUUCCCUUUCCGCAGUGAAGGAAGAACAGGGGUGGGGAACCUGUGCCCCUCCAGCUGUGGUUAGACUUCUGCUCCCAUCUCCCUUGACCAUAAGCCAUGCUGGCUUGGACUGAUGGGAGAGUUGGGAGUCCAGUAACAUCUGGAGUGCCACAGGUUUCCCUAUCCCUGGAAUAGAGGAUUGAUAUGAGGACCAGCGAGGAUUUGUAUGACAUCUUGGGGAAACUUGCUUCUGUUGUGUUUUUUGUGGGAAGUGGUCAUGAGUAUGUUUUGUAUGUAGAGGGCCACAGGUUCAGCCCCUGCAAUGGCAGAUUGCAGUCUUUUGUCUGCAACUUGGGAGAGGUGCUGGCUCUCAGAGUAGAUAGUACUGUGUCACUCCUCUAGAGGGCAGACCUUUCCAUCUUUCCUGUGCUGAAUCAGAAUAAGAAGGCCCUUGGCUGCCCUGGAAUGGCACAUCUCUGACUGGUCCACAGCUGGCCUCUGCCCUUGGUGCAGCAUGAGGCCCCUUGGCUCAUGAGUUUCUCAGCUCUGUGUUCUUUUCUUCCUCUUCUCCUUCUCUCAACGGCUCACCUUCUUCCCUCCUUCCCCUCCUGGGCGUAACAUUCUCAUGCACAGAUGUCGCCUUGCUCUGCCAGACGGCGUUGGUCCAUACAAGCAAUUAACGACUUCCCGGUACUGUUUGCUGUGUUACUGCUGCCCUUGACUAACUGUCUGCUCCCCAUGGGCCCAAGAAUAACCUGCCACCUGCCUGGCUUUGCGUAACCCAGACUGUAGCUGGAGAGGACAACUGACUUGGGUGGGUGGAGGAAUCAGGGCAGUGGGAGGGAAGGCAUCCUGUGCUUAUGUGAGGUGGUACUCCAGAGUCAGUUGUGUUUUCUAGGACAACCAGGAUGAUUAUAUAGCUUUAAUGCUUGGUGUUAAUUGGAGCAAGAUAAUACUCUGCCUUGGUCAGACCCCACCUGGAGUCCCGUAACCAAUUCUGGGCACCACAGUUUAAGAAGGAUAUUGACAAGCUGGAGUUUGUGUAGAGGAGGACGAGCAAGUCGAUAAAGGGCCUGGAAACCAGGCCUUAUGAGUAGUAGUUGAGGGAGUUAUGGAUAUUUAGCCUGUUGAAGAGAAGAUUGAGAGGUGAUAUUAUAGCCGUCUUCAAAUAUCUGAAGGGCUGUCACAUGGAGAAUGGAGUGAGCUUGUUUUCUGCUGCUUCAGAGGGGAGGACCUGAACCAGUGGACUCAAAUUUCAAGGAAGUAGAUUCUGUCUCAACAUAAAGAAGAACUUUCUGUGAGUAAGAGCUGUUUGACAGUGGAAUGGAUUACCUCAGAAGGUCAUGAACUGUCCUCCAUUGGAAGUUUUUAAACAGAUGGAUGGCCAUCUCUCAGGGAUUCUUUAGUUGUGAUUCCUGCAUUGGAUUGGAGUAGCCUAUGAAUAGGCUCUCUGACAGGGAUGUUGGGUGGGGAGCUUCCUUUUUUCCAUGCAGUAUGUGGUCUAGGCUGUAGAAACAAGCUUCUUAAGAAUGUUGGAUCUGGCAAGUCCAGAGUUGUUAAGGGUGUUUAAGAGGCCAAGCAAUCCUCUGUUUCAGAUCUUGUUUGUGCCAUGAACUCACUAGGAAAGCCUUAAGCAAGUGUGUGGCCGGCCUCCUGGUCUGCUCCACAUCUGCAAGACAAGGAUAAUAACAAUACUGACCUACCUUUCGGCGUGGUUGCAAGAAUUAUCAUAUGCUUGCAUACGUGAAGCCCUUUGAACGACCGACAGCAUUAAUAGGAAUGCCAGUUUUUAUGCUCGCUCUUCAUUUCUAUGAUAGUAAUUUUGUGAAAGAUUCAUUGGAAAUUCCUGGUGCAAUCCAUGUGGUGCAAUCCAUGUGGAUUAAUAAUAAUAAUAAUAAAUUUUAUUUAUAUCCCGCCCUCCCCAGCCGAAGCCGGGCUCAGGGCGGCUAACAAUAAUAAAACAGUACAAAAGUACAGCAUAAACACUCUAAAAUCAUUCAUUAUAAAAUUAAUUAAUUCAAGCCACUGGCAACCAUUGGGCCAGAGCUCCACGAAGAUUGCCUAGGGAGGGAGUCAGGCUGUGCCCUGGCCAAAGGCCUGGUGGAACAGCUCUGUCUUGCAGGCCCUGCGGAAAGAUGUCAAGUCCCGCAGGGCCCUGGUCUCUUGUGACAGAGUGUUCCACCAGAUCGGUGGAUUGCAAUCCAUGUGGCUGUUCAGAUCUUUGGUCCUCUGAGGAUGGGGCUUGGGUGCCCUCUAGAUCCCUGCCCCUCCUUGGGAGAGCAAAUUCUACAAAUUGGUGAGCUUCCCUAAUUUACAUAAUUUCUACAGAGCAUUUCAUUCAGCUUUCCUGAGCCUGAAAUAUGCUUUCCCCCUGUGCAACAGUGGUUGGGGUGAAGAGCUGUAGGGUAAGUAAGUCUGAGGAGAGGGUGUUCUUUCCAGAACCCCCACCCCACCUCUCUAUGAAGUCCUUCAUCCAAGCCACCAUUGCCAUCAUGUAUGAGGAAUGAGUUCUCCUUUGGGAGGAAAAGCCACUAAGCCUCUUGCAGUAGUAUCAGUGCUGGAAGGAGUGGAACAAUGUAAUGCUGGAGCUAUGAUGUUGAAGAAGGAGAUGGAAUUCAUGGAAGGAGGACUCUGUGUACAAUUUGAAAUCAUCUGAGGGGGAAAAGUUGACAAUGCCUCCUGCAAUACUUUUGAAAAAAGGAUGGAAAUACAGGAAGUGGGAAAUCAUUUUUUUUUCUAAAUGACAAAGAUGGAAGCCCAUGGCCACAGGAAAUGGAACUGGAAGAUAUGGAUACAUCUUUAGGGGCUGUGAAUUAAUGUCUACAUAAUUUGUUAGCAAGCCCUGAUAAUACUCACAAGUGUAGCAUAAGGCUGAGUCAGCAGUUAGACUCACCAGUAGACCCAUCAAGUCAAAGCAAGUAUUUCGCCUUCCCAAGUCUAUGCUGCUAGUGCCAUCCUUACCAGUACUCUAAGCAAGGUGGCAGCAGCUAAGUUGCAACCAACAUUGGGGGGUGACAUCCCACCAGGCCUCCUGUGGGGAGGGGGCUGAGUCCCAUUCCAGCAGACAUUGAGGUGGGGAGCUGUAGAGACCUCAGCCCCAUAGAGUUGGCAGGCCUGGGCAGCAAAGACAUUGAGGGACAUAUUUUUUAAUAAAUUAUGAAUAUUGUCUUAUUAUAUAAAGAAUAAGGACUGAAUGUUUUUUUUAAGUCUGGAGGUAAAGUUGUGAGAUUGGACUAGAGGAAGAUUAAGGCUUACUUAUAAUAACUGGACAAACUUUUGGAAUUAUUGGAUGGGAAGGAAAAGGAAUGAACCUGCGGUGCCUGGAUUUAAUAUCAGGAAAACAUCAGCUAGCAGAGGGAGGAAUAACUGGACAUUACUCUGGAUUGAACACUGGAUUAUUAUGAGGAAUUUUUGUUGACACAACUGAAAGAUGGAUAGUUUGAAGUCACACUUACACACACACGUACACUCCGUUAUUAUUCUUAUCUCUCUGUCAGCUUGCUUCUUUGUUUUGUUUCUGUUUUUAUUGUAUGCUGAAAAGUCUUAAUAAAAUUAUAUUUUUAAAAAAGGAAUGGAUCCCCCUACCAGUCUCUCCUUCCACAUCAGGCAAUGGGCUUUGGUGGUGGUAGCAGAGAGCUGGCAGGAGGAGAGUGUUUUCUUGCCCAGGGCCAGUUCAACUGAGACUGUCUUGUGCUCUGGCUGAUGGUGGUAGAGAUAAGCACCUGCGGGGGCUACUGUUUCAUAUCAGCCCCGGGGUGGGGGGCAUUAAGGGAAGCAGUGUGGUAUCCCACCCCAUUCCCCAAACACACAUUGUAUGCAUCCAGAGCACAUUCAUAGUACAAGGUUAGCGUGAUUCAAGUGAUAGUAGUGCCUCUUUGAGGUCUAUAUCUUCAUCUGCACCAGUGAUGGGGAGCCUUUGGCCCUCUUGAUGUUGUUGCACUCCAGUUCCCAUCAGCUCCAGCCAGCAUGGUCAGUGGCUGGGAAUGGUGGAAAUUGUAGUUCAGCAACCUAGGUCCAUAGAUUCCCUGGCUUUGACCUAUGUGUCUGAAACUUGAGAUGCAGCCUGAGAUACCUGAUGUAGUAUAGUCUACUUCACCACUUAAUUCUUCCUGAAUGUGUGGACUUAGGCCUAAGCCUGCAGACCUGACUAAGUAGCUCCAAGUUCCAGCUCUGCCAUGGAGCAAAAUGUUGUGCCAGGUGGCAAUUUGUGCACCUUAUUUUUAAGAAGUGAUGAGAAUUACUAAUCGGUGAUGCUGCUAAGUUAUUUGCAUGGCAAUGGUUGAGUCAUAAAGCUCCAUUGCAUUGUGUUGAGGGAGAAGAAAACAAAAAAAAUAAUAAUGUGUGCAUGCGUGCGCACACACAACUUCUAAGCAGCAGAUCAGGGCAAAUGAUAUCUGUAUUCCUAGUAGCCAGAAUGCGAUAACCAACCAGCCAUCCUGAUUGAUUGCUGUGUCUUGUGUCUCUUGUUUACUGACGGUAGGUGAUCAGGGCUUUGCUUUGGAUACUGGCACGGAGAAAGCAGAGUAUUGUGGGACCUCAGUCUCUUUAACUGACUCUGCCCUCCCUUCGCAGACCAGUUUGAUUUAGGGGUGAGCUAACAUUAUUUGACAUAAUAUGGGUGCAGUGCAGAUUCUUAGUGAAAAGUUGCUUUUGAAUUCUUGACCCCUUGACGUAUCAGCUGAGGCUUCAUCCAUCUAAUGUGCUGCUAAAGGGAAGUGUACACGAGUCACUAGAGGGUGGAAGGAUUUCAUAGCCCCACACCCUGCUGAUUGUGCAAAUAUCCCAGCGGUUGCUACAAAGUGGUUGGUGGCUUAUUCUUGGGCUUGCUUCAUGUCUAUAUAUCCAUAACCAGUUGCCAUGGCUCCUCUGUUCCUUCCCGUGUGCUGGUGCAGACCAUCAGCUCGUUGUGAGCUCGUUGUGCAGUUGCCGCUUCCAACCCCAUCCCAUGACAUCCCUCUUCCUGAUGCUUAGAAGUUGAGGAGGUUGCUUGGCCUUUUCAUUCCCUCUGUGGCUCUUUUGCUCUAUCAAGUCACUGAGUGUGUAUCUUGCCAAGCCGGUGCCCUCCAGGUGUUUUGAACUGCAACUCCCAUCAGUAUGUUGCUCAGGGCUGAAGGGAGUUGCAGUCCAAAACACCUGGAGGGCUUGGCAAAUGCUGAUCUGGAUUCCAUUUGAUUGCAUUGCAGUUCAUAAUGAAAUUGGAGGUGUAAGCAGCCUGUCCUUGUGUCUCAGGGCAGCUGGUUACAGCAUAGUAGCCUCCAAGCAAUGUUGAAAACAGGGUGCUCUGUGGGGAUGGGGUACCAGUGUUACAUCAUCAGUAACAGCUAAGCCAGACCAGGACACUUGCAGCUGAUGUGGUUAGUCAUUAGCAUGUAGUUCAAGAAAGUUCUGAAAGUCACAUCUAGUUUGACCCUCAUAUUAAGCAUACAUUUUUCCUCUCCCUUAUGUCUGUGGAGACAUAUUUGAAAUCGUGCCCUGUGGAAUCUCUGACACCCAAGUGCAAGAGAAGGGGACAGGCAGACUUCAGAAUAAAAUGACUGAAAACAACCAGUCUUUAUGUGUGAAAUUUGCCUAGUUUGGAAUAAGUUGCAGAACCUUGCUUUUCUUUCUCUCUUUAGUAUAGAGUACACACAGGCCUUUGUGUUUGCUUCUGCCUGAACAAAGUGGCCUGGGGGACUCCCUCUUCAGCAUGAUCUCCAAGUCUCUCAUUCCCAGUUUGUACUAAUCCUCGAUUUUUGUCUCCAAAGUGAAUGUGUGGAAUUGCAGGCUGUAUAGUCUGUAUGAGAAAGAACUCGUGCCCCCCACGAGGCACCAGUAUGACUUUGCUUGACUUUCCCCCUCUGAGAUCAUAGAGCCCCCUGGGCCUCUGGCCGCUCAGGGUGGGAAGCUUCCUCUGCAGAUGUUUCGCUGUGCCAGUGCAGAGUUUGUCUCUUGAGUGUUCAGUUUCUCAGGGUUAGCUUUCUCAGGGUUGUGGUCUCUCCUUCAGGCUUCAAAUCCCAGAUGUUCUUCUAACUCACAGCUUUUUAAAUAGCUGGCGAGAGGUGCAUGAACCAUAACUGGCUUUGUGCAUUCCUCUGUGCACCCACCCAUCUCCCUCCCUACACAUUUUCCCCCUAUAAAUUCUGUUUUGCUCCGACAAACAGCUUUGGAUGUUAAUGAUUCGUGCAAAUAGGGGAACUUCAAGGGAAUUGUGCUUUUGUGUAUUUGCACGUAUUAUUGCAUCUGCAACAGGGACUUGCACGGGAGGAGGGGUGGGAGGCAGGAAUUCCCUCUAUUAGGUAGAGGUCAUGUGUCGUUUUAUUCUGUGAGAGAUGCACCAAGUCACCACCUUGGACGUUAAUGGCUUGAUCACAUGCAGUAAGCACAGCUUGAUCAGUGUUGCCUGGACCUUUUCAGCCAAAGUCCCUCUGAGAAUGAACUUGGAUUGGGAAUGGGAUCCAUGCAUACCCCUAUAAGGCAUUUAUUGAUAACAUCUUGCAGAUUAGUUACCAGCUGCUUUAGCAUCAUUGACACAUAUAAACUGGUGUACAUGAGACUCGGAGACCCAGAGAAGCCUCCAGCUCUUGUGGAUGCAGUGAAAGCCCAAUGACCUGCAUGGCUGCUGGCACCUCAUGGCUUCCAUCUUUCCCGACUCUGCAUGUGUCUCCCUUCCCCUUCACCCAGUAGGCAGCUAGAAGCAAAUCUAAGAACUAAAUGGGAAAACUUGGCCAAAGGAAUGAGUGAAACCGUGGACUUGAGACAGUCUUCGUGGCUGUAAGCACAGGGCACGGCUAGUUUGCUUGCAGCCCAUGCUCUUGUUUUGAAAGUGAACGUUGCCUGUCCUCCUGGUACAGCGUUUCCUGCUGUGUGGCCUCUGCCAGGCUCAUUCCCUCCAGCUCUCAUGAAGCACAGCUGUGUUGGGAGCUGUAUUUCUGAAGGGCACCAGAUUGGCAGAGGCUGCUUUCGUGCCAGGCUGGCCAUGCACCAGCACACCCUGCCUGCUCAUGUGGCCACAACCACUUGGAUUCUAGGAAGGUCUCCUUUUUCCAAAUCUUUCUUACUUUCACUCUCCAUAUGCCACAUGGAACAUACCUUCUACAGUCAGAUUGGUGGCUGGGACUAUGCCUUUUCCACCAAGGUUAUACAAGGAUUAGCUUGUUACUUCUGUGGUAGAGCAUCUGCUUUGCCUGCAAAAGGUCCCAGAUUCAAUCCCUAGCAUCUCCUGGUAGGGCUGGAGGAGUUCUCUGUCUGAAACCCAGGAGAGCUUCUGCCCGGUCACAUUAGCCAGAUCAAUGAAGAGCCUGACUCUCCAUAAGGCAGCUUCCUGCUUUAGCUGCCUCUUCUCUAGGCUUUGUCCACUGAACUCGACAGACCUUCCUUCCUUCUGUUCUUGCUGCUGUCUUGACUGCCUUUUAUCGAGUCUCCCUGUGUAUUAGCUGCUCCUGUUUGCUUGGUUGGUCCUAAGGCAGAGCUUCCAUGGCUGUGGGCUGAAUAUUCUCCUUCCAAAGCUUCCCUGCCUGCCCUCAGUCUGCAGUCUUUCUCCCUCAUCACUGCUUUUAAAAUGCUGCUCUGUCUACUGCAGAAAUCCAGGAGAUGGAAGAGCAGCAAGCGAGAGGGGACAGAUGCUGCCAACCGGCCCAUCAAAGCUGCCGGGAAAGUGAUCAUUCAGGAUGUCUCUUGCCUGCUUCCUGUCCACAAAUUACUAGGGGAGAUGUACAUGUGAGUACCUGGGCCACAUGUGCAAGAAACUCUGUGUGGCAACUCAGUCUUGGGUACUGUUCUGGGGGACAGGCUAAGAACUCAGCCUGUGAUCCUAUUCUGCACUUUCUGUUGCAGGCCUUCACCCUAUCAGGGCAGAAAGUCUGUCCCUGGGCCGCCUACAAUCCUGAAUCCCUUCCUCCACCCCUAACCCCUCCCCCCUGCAUUUUGCGGGCAUGCAAAUAGCCACUUGCCUGGUUGUCUGUGGUGAGCUAGGUUGCCCCCAGCUGACCAGGCAAAUCCACAUUCUCUCUUUUAGGCUUAAAGAGCUCCUGGCUGUGAUUCAGGCUGUUGGGCCUUCUCUUCCUGGAAGGGGGAAAGCAGGAACCCUUCCAGAGCUCAGUCUUUCAUUCAAGGAAUGCUGUGUUCUGGAGACAGUGCACUGGAGUUCACUCCUUCCAGCUUUCCAGCUAUACUACUGUAUAGCUCGGGGUGGGGUGGGGAGGGGAGAGGCAGCCUUGUAUGCGGCUUCUGGCUUUUCCUUCUCUGUCACUCUGCAGAGAGAUCUUAGAGCCUAGUGACUGCUUUGCACCCUGCUGUGUUUCCAAGCUAGGAAAUGGCAACAGAGGGCUGAGGUGCCCUGAGUGCUGUGUCUCCACCUGUCCUGGGCAGAAAAGAAGGGAGAUUCAGUAACUACCCACUGCCCAAGUUGUCUGCCAACAGUCAUCCCCCCACCCCAAUGGUCUCAACAGAAGAGGAAGGGAAGCUGCAAAGCUGGCCUCCAGUGUUUGUGUCUGGUUGGAACCUGUCUUUGAUUUGUUAAAAUGCCUCUUGCUUGCUGGGUGGUGGUGGUGGGCUUCAGAAGCCUCUGUCUUUUGCAUGGCUGGAAUAUAGACUACAGCACACAGGUAAAAGCUCCACCCAUUGCUCUGCCCAUCUUUGUCUCUGGCCUUACCCACCACCAGCCUUCAAUUCCAGUAAGACUGCCUGUGAGGGAAUGCAAUUCUCUGACUGAAAAGGGUUCCCCACUCCUGCUUUACAUGAAAUAUGGAGAAUCAGACCAAGCCUUUGAGAGUGAUGUCUCCCCCACUUGUGCAUCACCUGCUAUUCUUGUCCUUCAGACUGAACGUGACUGACAUCCAGGAGACCUGUCAGAAGAACGCUGCCUCUGCCCUGACUGUGGGACGCAAGGAUCUCUUGCAGGUACUUUUGCUAGCCCAGCGAGGCAUCUCCCAUCGCUUCGCAAUAUUGUCUGGGGAGCAUCUUGACUUAGGGAGCAGCAGAGAGUGGGCCAAUGGUCCAGCCUGAGCUUUUUACUCUCUUCUUUGUUGCUCAGCUACUUGUCUUCUUCUUUCCCCCAUCCCUGUUCUAGUGGCCCCCUCUCUUCCAUAGGUGGAAUUACACCAUCCAUGCAACAUGGAGCUAUGGAUUUCAGCAGACAACCUUCAACCUCUUCCCUACAGUGUUACUGCUUGCUUUGUGGGCUGCACAGCAUGGGCAUCUAUGUGUGUGGGUGCCCAUCAUCUGCUCCUUCUUUUCCAGGUCUGGUCACUGGCCACAGUAGCAACUGAUCUCUGCCUUGGCCCAAACUCCGACCCAGACUUGGAGACCCCCUGGGCCCAGCAUCCAUUCGGCCGCCAGCUCCUGGAUUCUCUGUAAGCAGCUGGAAUAAGAAUUGGGGGGAGGGUGGGGAAGAGGCGAGGACCCAAAGGCUUAAACAAAACAGUGCCUUUUAUUUUCUUCCUAUUUUUUUUCUGGGUGCCUCUUGGGUGUUGAGUGGUUGGUCACCUAUAGUAGUGGGUGCCAACAGUUUCUGCACUCCCAGUUGGGGGAUCAUUGAGGUCAUCAGGAAUCUCUGCUUUGGCUGCAGCUCCCUCAGCCCUACCUAACAUGUGCUGUGGGCAGGUAAUCCCAUAAGUAUUAUGUUGUAGUGUAAAUAGAUCCUAUCGGUCUGCCCUGAAUAUUUUUGCAAUUGGUUUUGUUGGAUGUCUCUCGGUUCUCCUAUUAUGACAGAGGGAGGGACAGAGAGUUAUUUUGCUAUGCCAUGCAACACUUCAUUAUCCUCUCUCACAGCUGGGUGAGGAAUCUGUGGUCUGCCAGAUGCAGGGAGACUCUAGUUCCCAUCACCCGUGAUCAUUGGCCAUGCUGGCUGGGGCUGAUGGGAGUUGUAGUGCAACCACUUCGGGAGGGCCACAUGUUCCCAAUCCCUUCAUCUGUGGUAUCCCUUGUCAGUCAUAUUUUGCUCUCAAUUAAAAAUACACACUCACAAAAAAUUACCUAGCUUUUUGUUAUUGCUUGAAGCACCAGUGUGUUCCAUUUCAAAUUGUAGAUCAUCCAGGAUCUCAUUGGAUGGUGCUUAUGUUUUCCAAGGCUCCCCAGCCCAUCUUCUUUUGCAAAUAUGGUGACCUAUAAAACCAUAGAGACUUGAGGGGAAAAAGGUGUGUCUCUCAGCCAGGCAGUGUUUGUGGGGGUUUUGGUCUUGGUUUUAGUCCAAGCUUUGUAUACUUUGCAAAGUGAAUCUGAAAUCAGGCACAAAAAUUCAGCAUCCUGGUUCUCUCACCUUUUCCUUUGCAAAUGAAAGCAAAAACAAGUGAAGACCCCUUUUUUUGCUACAAAGAAAAACCCAAGAAACAUUGGGAGGUAUGAAGAAUGUGAAAUCCCCAAACCUGCUGGUGGUAAUGCUAAACAGGAAUUCUGCUUUGGAGCACUUGUUUGCCUCCUCUUUGGUUUUGUUGAGGGCAAAGCAAAUAAUGGUUUAUAUCUACAUGAUAUUUUCUCUAAGACGUUGGGUUGCCAAAUCUGAAUGAUUUUUUCUUUGGGGGCAGGUGGCCCCCAUCUCUGCUUUCAGCCUUGUGUGUGUGAGUGGCCUUUGGUCUACCCAGUCUUUUCUUUUCCUCCCCUUCCUAGGGUGGCCCAUUAUUGCCGGCUCCAUGAUGUGCAGACUCUGGCCAUGCUGUGCAGCGUCUUUGAAGCCCAGUCCAGGCCACAGGGAGCCCUGAUUCCUGUGGGAUUCUUUCCUCAACGCUCCUCCAGCCACAGCCGAUAUGUACGGGUAGACUCUGCCUCUGACUGCUUUCCCCAAAAGGACCAGUCAAGGUCGGUUCUUCCGGUGAUGCAACUUCCCUCUUGUCUCUCUCCCAACAGCCCAGCUUUACCUCCUCUGGCUCCUGUUCCAGCAUGUCAGACCCUGGACUCAGCACCAGCAGCUGGAACAUAGGUGGGUGCACUGCUGUCAGUUCUGAAAUAUCCAGUAGGAAGAGAUUUUGGCAUCUUGGAAGAUCGCCUCCCAGCCCUCUUUGUUCAGAUAAUUAAAAGAAAGCUUAGGUUUUCAUAUCUGGGUCUUUUCCUUUGUACUUUGGGGACUUAAUAAUUGUGAGCCACUUUGAGAACCCAGAUUGCAUUACAAGUGGGAUUUUAAAAUCAAAAAUAAAUUUGGGUGGUCGCUUUGCACUUGGCAAAUCUGCUUGCAAAAGGGCAAUUGAACACAAUUGUGCAAAGCACUUUCCAUUGACUACCCAAGCCCAGCGACUUGGCCUUAAUUCACAAUGAGAGGCAGUGACUGGCCCAAAGUGACCUAGUGAGCUUCUUGGCUGCAUGGGGAUCGAACCCUGGUCUCCUAGGUCCUAGUCCAAAACUCCCAUCUCCACCAGCACAGCCCUAUGUGAGCUGCCACCAUCUUGUAAGGUCUUCUGUCCACCCUUUGACCUCCUGCAGCCAGCAAAGAAUUGGACCACAUACCAGCCUGGGGCGAGUCUUCACCUGACGACUUCCGCUUUGGGAACUUGGCAUUCGCAGACCACCGGGAUCGGGAGAAGGAUCAGCAUGACAAGAACAAAAGGUACAGAAGGGUGAUCAAGCGUGGGAGGGAGGGUGGCAGAAAGCUUUCUGGUGUCCUUGGUUGAAAGUUCACAAGGGAGGUGAACUGAGCUUCAAAUCAACUGCAUUCCUUUUUUUAAAAAAAUAAUAUUUAUUAUUUUUCCAGAAACUUAAACACUUAAAAAAAAGACAAUGCAAAACAUUAAAUUAACAAAACAAAACAAAAACAAUAAAAUAAAUCAAACAGUUUCAUUAUCCCAUCUUUCACUCACUUAUUUCCGCGACCUCCUCACACCUCCCUCUUUGUAUUCCACUUCUGAUAAUUAUUUCAGCAAUUCCUUUCCAUCUUCCUCUGCUUUCUAUCCUUUAAUUAUCUUAACAGAUUCUAUCCUUAUUUUUUCCUUUAAUACUCUAUUAACCUAUCUGUACUUAAUUCCUUAUAACAUUUCUACUAAAGCCAUAUAACUUCAUUCCAACAUUUUUCUAACAUUCAUUAAUUUUACAAUAUUUCUGUAAAUAGUCUUUAAAUUUUUUUCAAUCUUCUUCCACCGACUCUUCUCCCUGGUCUCGGAUUCUGCCAGUCAUUUCCCCCAAUUCCAUAUAGUCCAUCACAAAUCAACUGCAUUCCCAUUGGCUCUGCAUUCCCAUUUUUUUGAGCGUUUCCUGUUCCCUCCUAGAGUGCAGUUAGGCUGAGGCAGGGGUGGGAAGUGGGGAACCUUUGCAACUCCAGGCUAGCUCUUGGUUUAACUGGGGAGUGCAGCUGAGCCAGCAGGUCGUUUUGGUCUGCCAGGGAGCUGGAAUAUCAACACACACAUUUAUUUUUGAGGUCCUCAUGUUUUCAAUUCUUUUUAAAUCUUCCAUGCCAAUCUCCCACCAACAAUAUUAUUCAAGUUUUAAGUUAUCCUUCCUCAAGCUGCACCCCAGCCAGCACUUGGAGAGCAUGAACUUGGGCAUGGGUGUAGCCAUGAUUGUUUUUUUUGGGGGGGACAGGCUUCUGUUAGGGAAGCAGAACCUCAGAUUUUGAUUGAUUUUGAUUGAGUGUGGGAGGGGGCAGCUGCCUCCCUGGCUCCCCCUGGCUACGCCCAUGAGCUUGGGAAAGGCUGUUUUAAAUGCUGAGGUGUUUGUGCACAGUUUUCUCUUUGGAGGGAUCUUGCCAAACCUGAGGAGGAAAAGCCCUGGUGCUCUCCUCCUUCACACUGAUACAGCUGGUGGCCAGCACUGUGCUCCUUGAAUGCUGUGUCUAUUACAUUAUUCAGCUCUACAAUUUUAUAUUUCUGCAAACUAUUGCCAAGAUAAAAGUUACUCUCUACUUUACACGAACAUGCAUGCUCAAUCAUUCUCCUCUGCCUCUUCCUCCCAACUUUAGAAAGUUUUAUUCUUUGUGAGCCACUUUUCUUAACUGUUUGACCUACAGAGGCACAUACAGUAGAACCUCAGCUUUCGAGCGUCUCGGAAGCCGAACAAUUCAGAACCAGAACGCCGAAAACCCAGAAGUAAUUGCUUCCGUUUUUUAACGUGCCUCGGAAGUUGAACGGUUUCCAAGGCGUGUUUCCCCAUUUUUUCAAUUGAUUUUGCCAACCACCCUUUGAUCCUUGGUUUUUGAAUGUUUUGGAAGUUGAACGGUCUUCUGGAAUGGAUUAUGAUAGAAAACCUAGGUUCCACUGUACUACGAUAAUAUUGCGUACUACAAACAUACAAAACUGAGAAGAAUAAAAAGCAGCAGCAUGAAGCAAAGCCCAUCUAGGUAACUUGGAACGUACAGAAAAACCUACAUAAACACAAAACAAAAUCAGAUAGGUCCCUGCCCCUAAGAGCACACAAUCUGAAUUUUAUUUGGAGGGCGGGGACAAAGGGAAGAGAGGUGCAGAGGUGGUACCAUGCAGUGACUGUGAGUAAAUGCCAGCCUUUGCUAGCCUGGGACAAAGGCCCUCAGGUGCCCUUUGACUUCAUUGUAUGUGGAGAUGAGGACUCUGUGAUCUUUCUCCAGGCUUCUGGACCCAGCCAACACCCAGCAGUUUGAUGACUUUAAGAAGUGCUACGGAGAAAUCCUUUACCGCUGGGGCCUGCGAGAGAAGCGGGCGGAAGUUCUCAAGUUUGUCUCUUGCCCCCCUGACCCGCACAAAGGGAUUGGUGAGUGGAAACCUCGAUGGAGGAACUAUAGAACUCAGUGGAAAAGUAGAUGCUGUGCGUGCAAGAAGGUCCUGGGUUUCCUUCCCACAGAAAUUGUCCUUGGACUGGGUAGCCUCUCUUUCCUCUCUCCCCCCUACAAAAUUGAACCAUGGGAGCAGAGAGUCUUUCUACUUUGGUUAAUGCGAUAUUUGCCGGAGGGGGCUUUUUAGCUUCUUCUGUUGAGAUGCCCUCUGGCAGAAUGAAAAGAAGGCAAAACCAAAGAGCCCACGGUGGUGGUGUUAGUAACAUGCUGGCUUCCAGAUCCUAGCUUUCUGAUUUGCCAGCCUUUUCCCUGCAGGUGCAGCCUUGCUUGCAAGAGCCCCUCCAAUAACUUCUCCACCGCUUCUCCUUUCUUUCUCUCCUUGCAGAGUUUGGAGUCUACUGCAGCCACUGCCGCAGCGAAGUGCGUGGUGUUCAGUGUGCCCUCUGCAAGGGCUUUGCGUUCCAGUGUGCCAUCUGCCACGUGGCAGUCCGAGGCUCUUCCAACUUCUGCCUGACUUGCGGGCAUGGAGGACACACCAGCCACAUGAUGGAGUGGUUCCGCACUCAGGAAGUGUGUCCCACAGGCUGUGGGUGCCACUGCUUGCUGGAGAGCACUUUCUGACCAAGCGUCGUUGGAGCCUGAUUUUGUCCGCACGUGGUCUCAGUUGGGCCACUCUUGGGAAGCAGAGAGGCUGUUGUCUUCCCAUGUUACUUUCAGGAGGGGUGGCCAGUUGUCUUAGUUGCACUCUGCCAGCAGACGUUUGGGUGGGAUGGCUUGUGGUCCAUGAGCAUCCCAUAAGCUCCUGGAGGGCUUCCUGCUUCAGCAGAGUAUCUUCCCUAAAGUGCAGGGGGAAAGUCUGUUAUUUGCAAAAGACAAUCAUUGGAGAGGGAUGGAGGGAUUACAGGCCUUGCAGUCAGUCUGGAGAUGAGGAACAAAUCAAAUGCAUUUGCUGGAUACUUGAGAAAUUUGCAGCACACCGGGAACUGUGUUGUGAUCCAUUUUCCCCUGAACUACCAUUCCUUGCCCUCAUGAAGCUCCCUGUACUACACAAACAGAAGUAUCAAAGUUAGCAGAGAGAGAAAGAGCUUCAUAUACAUACAAGGGGGAAGAUGCACAAACCUUGACAGGCUGGGUUGGCUGAAGAGUCCCUUGUGCACAGAAUGCAGCAUAAUCAUUUCUGUGAGCAUCAAACAGAAAGCUCUCAACUGGAUUUCUUCUCUCUCUCCAUCUGAGAAUUGGGCAUGGCUUCAUUUCCAGAGAUGGGUGGCCUGUGUGAUUCGCUCCCUUUCCCCUUCUUUUCGUUUUAUAAAAGGCUGUUACUUCUGGGCCUACCUCAGUGACCUUUUUGCUUGGCUGCGCCUCUCGCACUCCUUGAGGACCUGCCACCCACUGCAGGACGGGAGUCAAUGGCCUGCCAAUUCUGGUGGUGGAUUCUGUAAGGCCAAGAGGGUCUAAGAACAGCUGCAAGGAGCAGCACCAGCCACCGACUUUGCAGUAGUGAUUUCAGGACUCAAAGAUCAGUAUUUUUUCUUGCCAAAAUGCAUUCCGGCCCAAAGGGAAGGGCGAAGAAAGAGGCUCCCCUCUGGCCAGCAGGUGCCCAGAUUCCUUGGCGGAUGGAAAGGGGAGCCUGAGUGGAGUUCUUCUGUCUGCUGUCUGGGGCUUUGACCGUCAGGCUAGCUGAGCCAACUUAGUGCAUGGACACUGCCUACAUGGUUCUUUUCCAGCCUUGUAGUUCAGGAAGUGUAUUUGUGUAUAUUCUGUAAUAAAAUGAGAACAUUUUAUAAAGCUGUCUUGCUUUGUCA